AUGGAGCACGUUGUACCGAACGCGACGUUCGCGACGCCGAUCAUUACCGCCGAUUGGUAUACCAAACACCCGGGACUUCAGGCCGGCGUGACCGUGUCGUACAUGGUGGGUAUACUCGGUAACUUGCUGGCCCUGUUCAUCUUGCAUCGGACCAGAUCUAGCAGCAAUCAAAAGCACAGGUUCAUGUUGCGGUGCCUGGCCACAAACGAUUGCAUGGCGCUCACCGGCAUGCUGAUCCAGAUGUACGUGGCCUUGUACUGGCCGUCGAUCGUAGACAGCAUCUGGGCCUGCCGGUUCCGCGUGCUGUGGCGGUUCUUCGGUCUGGGUUCCGGUUGCGUGGCCAUCAUAAUGGCCGUCGAACGUUGGCUGGCGCUCACCAAACCGUUUUUUUACCAAAAGGUAAGUGCGCCCCUCCCCCCUCACCGGUCUUUAUAAAUGAUUAAUAAACUCAGUCUAAAUAUUGUUCACUAUUUAUUGUUUAUAAUUUAAAUUUGAACAUAAUAACUAAAAAGCUGUCCUAGGAUAAUGGGGACGGGUGCAGUCAUUGUUGUAGCUGAGAAGUGGGGAAGGUAGUUGUGGGGCAAUUUUAAUCGUUAUCCGUACGCAACAAUUAACCACAGCUAACGAAAAAGCGAUUAUAUAUUUUUUUCAAUAAUAUUUGUUUAAUAUUAUACCUAAUUUCUCGGUUUUCCCAUGUUUUUUCCGGUUUUUCCCGUUCGUUGAGAAAACUCACGGAAAAAUCAUAAAAUGACCUCUCUAAAGUACCACCCCAGUAAGAUUGCCUUUCAGAAAAAUGGCUACCAUUGUAAAUUGGAUCAAAAUUGUUGAUAGAAAAGUUGUCCACGGUAAAAAAAAAUUUUAAAAAAUAAACGUUAUUGUAAAAUUCAAUACAUUCCUCGACUCCCCACAGAAUCUAAAAUAUUACAAGUUAGGUCAGGUAAGUGAAUUUAUUUUUCUCGCGGUAGGGAUCCGACCCCCCCCCCCCCAACGACGUCCGUGCGAACAUUAUUACCAUUAUCUAUAAAUGCAUUAUUAUUGUCUUUUAAAUUAGUAAUUUUUUUUUUUCCGGUGCACUCGCUACACUGCAAUAAUAUUUUUUUAAGGAACAAUAACAUGAAUACACGAAGACGAGAUUAUGAUAAUAUUACGCGGCUAUUGUAGCGGCUGCACGUACUGUAUUUCGGACGUGCGACCCGUGAUAACGCGCUACAACGAUUGAUUUCGUUAUCAAAUGGCAAACAAGUGGUGUCAACGUAUAAUAAUAAUUAUACUCGCAGUACCUCACAGAUAUCCAUAUUAUAAUAUUAGAGUAUAUGGAUAUCUGUGUAGUGCAUAUACGAGAAGCUGACUGAAUAAUAAUGAAUAAUAAUAUUAACGAGUAUUAGGCAUAUUGCAAAUAUCUGCGUAUUUCCACCAAUAGAACAAUCGCUUGCUUACCUAAUUGAGAUUAACAUUUUUGGCCCGUUUUUUUUUUUUUUUUUGACAAAAACAUAAUAAUGUAUUAUUGCUUGUUCGCUUACAGAGCAUUUAAAAGUGUAUUCGCAAAGUAGUAAAUUGUUUUAAUAUUAAAUACGUGCGUACUAUACCUAUGUAUAAUAUUCUCGGGCAUUUUUUUAUAGUCGAUUUAAAAAAAAAAAAACAAACAAAACAAUAAGUACUCUUUGAUAACGAACUGUUUUUUUUUUUUAUGAUUGUUAUUAUUAAAACGAAAAUUCAUUAAAUAAACUAGUGCCCUAGACAAUAAUCACGUAAUAAAUUUCUCCUACGAGACAAAAAAACCAUAAUAAUUCCCCCCUCCUCAUAUCUCCUUAUUUUAACAGUGACCUUUGUGACUUUAUGAAACUGCUGCAGUUGUUUGUCGUCGGAGUCCUUUGAUCGUGUUUUAUACGUCUUUUAUUGUACGACUGCUGUGUGACGUCGACUUUUGUCCGAUAGAAAGCUACGAGUAUUUAAAUAAUGCUAUAAGAAGCAUUUGUUUCGUACUUUGCAAUAACUAUGGCAUUGUGUUUUUUAAACAAAUUUUUUGGAACACCGUAAUUUAUUUAUUUACACGACUGUAUAAUGUCUAUAAUAGUUAAAAUUAUACGUGAAACGAUAAUUUGUACGCGUUUAAACGGGCAAUUUUGGGUAUUGUUGUAUAUCAGGGAUGGGCAAUUGGCGACCCGCGCACCGUUUGUCACUGGCCCGUGCUACAUUUUCAAAUUACAUCAUAAAACGUUAGGAUUUAUCUGUAUUUUAUUUGUUAUAUUUAUAAAAAUCCAUAUAAUGUUUAUCGUAAAACAUAGAUAUGAUUUCUUAUCUAGUAUUGAACUGCAGCUAAAUUAUAAAAUGUCUAAAUGCAUAAUAUUUAUAGUUACAGCUAAUAUACCUAAUAGGUAUUUAUUUUAUCAGUUUAGUUAUAUCCGUCGUGUCACGCUGGUCGAUUGUGUUUGUUUUAUUAUUUUCGUGUUUUGUAAUGUUUCAAAAAUGUCUGCUAAAAAGCGAAAAAUCGACGAUGAAAAUAGAAGUUUUAACAGCUUAUGGGAAAAUGAGUAUUUAUUUAUUAUAAAAAAACAAUAAAAACUUCAAUGUUUAAUUAGUUUAAACAUUAUUGCAGUACUAAAAGGAUAUAAUUUAAAAAGAUAUUACAUGACAAAUCAUUUGUUCAAAUAUGAAAAAUACAUUGGUGAUGCAAGAGAGAGUGUUAUAAUUGAUCUUAAAAGAAAACUUCAAUUGCAACAAAAUGUGAUGACAAAAGCAACAACUUCACAACAAUCAAGUUUAUUGGCUUCACACAUUAUUUUUAACAAAAUAGCAAAAUCAAAAAAAAUCAUUGAGUGAUGGCGAAUUUGUUAAAAACUGUGCAGUAAAAAUGGAUAAAUCAAUAAAUGAAAACAAAAUUGCCAGUGAAUUAAAAAAAAUAUCACUUUCAAGAUGAACAGUGAUACGUCGUAUAGCUGACACUGAUAGUGCCGUUCGUAUAACAUUACAAACUACAAUGACGGAUUGUGUAUAUUUUUCGAUUGCACUGGACGAAAGCACAGAUGUUUCAGAUGUAAGUCAACUUUUGAUAUUUGUUAGAGUUAUAUCUCCACAAUUUGAAGUGUAUGAAGAGCUAUUAGAAUUAUAUUCUUUGCGCGGAACUUCCAAAGGAAGUGAUCAAUUUAAUGCAGUAAAAAUGCAAUUUAACCUUUUGGUGGAUUAAAAAAAAUGACAUCGGUUGUGACAGAUGGUGCCAAAGCUAGGAAUAUUGGUUUUCUUGGAUAAAUACGCAAAUCUAACGUUAAUGUUCCUGCUAAAUUAUAUUAUUCAUCAAGAAGCGUUAUGUGGCAAAAUAAUGAAGCUUGACGGUGUUAUGCAUACUCUAUUUAAAAUUACUAAUGUCAUUAGAGGAGACAACCGUAGUUUAAACCACCGUAAUUUUAUUAUAUAUUUACAGGAAAUUGAUUGUGAGUGUGGUGAUUUAUUAUUACACACGGAUGUACGCUGGUUAAGUCAUGGAAAGUGUUUCGAACAUUUUUUUUGUUUUGAGAAAAAAAAUAUUUGAGUUUCUUAAAGCGAAUAAUGCAACUGAUAUUACUUAUUUGGAAAACCAAAUGGAUGAUAAACAAUUUCUAUGUUCAUUGGCAUUUUUAACUGAUAUUUCUCAACAUUUAAAUAUAUUAAAUUUACAAUUUCAAGAUGAAUUUCCGUUCCUCUUAUGAAAAACGAAAAAAACACUUAUUUUAAAAUAUUGUUUAAAAAUUAUUUUGUGUCAGUAUCAUUUCGUCAGUUACUAAAAAAUUACCACAUAACAUAAUGUAUUAUUUCUUUAUUUUUAUUAACAUUAUACAUAUAAGAUAUGAGGUACCUAUAUAAUAUGAAAACAUAAUAAACCACGUGAUUGUAUACUUAGAUAACAGUGAUAUAAAUGGUGACUCGGUGAUGAUUUUUUAAAAUCGUGUGGCGCUCCUAUCGCCACAAUGUUUUUUCCCUGAGAGGGGACCCUGUGCGAGAACGUUGGCCAGGGUGGUCAAAAGGGUCAACUGACUCUUGCUCUCGAUUUUUUUUUUUAUUAAAUAGUUUCAUUUUUAUUUUUUAGGGUACCUAGAAAAUUAAUUAUAUUUAAUUUAUUAGAAUUUUAAACAUUUUACUUCCAAGAAGUAAGAAUAGUUUUCGAUUUUAGUUGACUUGAUAAACUUAGACUACAUUUAUUUAUUUUUUAUGAAAAUUAAGUAUUUAAAAAGUAUGAAGUGACUAAUAAAUAACUCACAAACCUUAAAUGUCAAAUAUUUAUACAUUUCCAAAGAAAAUUAAUUAGUGAUAUUUUCUAAUUAAGAAUAUAAAAAAACUAUUUUGGACUGCAUUAGGUAUUCAUGAAAUAAUAAAAAAAUAAUAAUUAUAAAUAAGAGAGUAACAACGCUUAAAUGACGAGUUCCAUUUUCCAGGAACGAUUUACUUUUUAAAAUACUUUUAACUGAAAUGUAUAAAGAAAAACAAGUUGAAAUUUAGACAACCAUUAUUGCCCUAAAUUUGUUUUCUACGUUGUUUUCCCGACUAUUAAGAAAACUACGAGGAAUUAUCAAUACACCAACUUAUUUGAAAAAUUAGUUUGCAGAAAAAAUGCUGCACUUAAAAAUCUGAUCAAUAUUUCGGGUAGAAUAGUUGUUAACAAACACAAAAAAAGGAGGAAUGUUGGAAAGAUAAAAUAUGGCGGGGAAUUUAAUUUAUAUAUGUUUAUGUAUAUUUCUAAUAAAAAACAAUUUGAAGCGAAGUUCGGUUAUUCAUAUUUUGAAAGGGAGCAAUAUUUAUGAUUUUCGUUAAAAUUUGAUAUUAGAAUUCUUAUUAAAAUACAUACUACAUUAAACUCAUUUUUUUUUUUACAACUAAAUAUCAAGUUUGACUUGGAGAACCUCUUGUUAAUUUUUUUUUUUUAUUAGUACCACGGAUUUCCAUCGUUUUGACGUUAACGAAUCUGUAAUUUGUUGUACAUAAUAUAUUGAAUAGAUGAUUCAGUAUUCUCAUAUUUUUAAUAAUCAUUAAUUCAUCUUCUUCAUUGAAUGAUCGCUAUCAACCGAGUUUUCGGAGGGUUUAAACUUUGAUUAUCAAAAUGACUAAUCGAUGUAUUAUUAUUUAUUAGUCAUUGAUAUUAUCAUAGAUGCACGUUUACGGUGUAUAAAGUACAAUCAAACAGAUUAUGAAAAAUAUUCUUAAGUGAAAUAAGAAAAAUUAAAUUUUAAUAACAAUAUGCUCUUGAAACUAAAAAAAAAAAAAAGUUAAUACUAGGAACGGGUGCGACCACUUCUUUAGGCGGGUAGUUAGGAAGGUGGGACACAUAAAGUUGUUUAAUUUAUAUCUGUGACCAUCGAUAAACCGUUGCUAACGAAAAACGAUUCGGAGUGAAGUUCGGCUGUAUAUGUUUUGAAAUAUUUACGUUUUUGGUCAAAAUUUAAUUUUAAACUUAUAAAAAAAUUAAAAAUACUACAUUACACUCGAUAUUUUUUUAUCACUUAGUACGACCCUUGAUAAACCUCUUAUCUGAUUUUGGAGUAUUUCUAUUUAGUCUAACAAUUUUAUCCAUAGAGUUUAUACCUACCAAAUAAUAGUUAGGUACGUAAAAACUUACAAAAUUAAAUUGUCAAAAAUUAAAUAGCAAAAAAAUAUUUUAAAUAUUUUGAAAAUUUUGCCAACGCUGGCAAAAAAUCAAAUAUGAGUUUUCUAUCCAAAUGUCAAACUACUAUGAAUAUUUUUACUGAAUUACAACAAAAAAAUUAAAUUGAAAAUUGUAAAAUUAUAAAAUUAUUAUAUUGUGAGAAAUCAGAUCCAAAAUUUGACAAAAAAUGUCAAUUGUUAUUUUUUGGUGGAAGUAAAAUUUCUAAAAUAGAAAAUCAUGAAAUCGUUACGCCGUAAAUAUUUGUCCGUUAAUUCCUACGUUUUUUUCCUAAUAAUUAUGAAAACCGCUUGGAAAAUCAAUAAUUAACCUCUUUACUUAUUCCAACUAAAUAAUUUUUCCUUUUAAAAAAAAUGUUACAUUUCAUUCAUCGGAGCAAGAUUGCUGGUAGAAAUUUUGUACACGGUAUAAAAAAAAAUAUAAAAAUAAACAUCAUUUUAAAACCAAUGCACUCUUCGUGAUUUUGACACAAACGAUUGACCAAGGUUUUUUCUAAAAAGCACUAGGAAGAGAGGGAGGUGGUUGUGUCUCCAGCUUCUUCGCUUAAAAAUAAUAGUUAUAACUUUUUCGUGUUUUUGUAACAAACGAUAAAAUUUGCACCAUAAACGUAGUAAAAACGACUGAUUUGGGGAUUUUUUUCUUCAAAAAACUAGAUGAAUAUACUGGGGUCAUCAUAUGAUGGACUUCAUUAUUAUUAUAUUAGUACGCGAGAUGAAACAUUUUUAAUAUUAUUUGGUCGACAUAUAACCUUUAUAUUGUGACUAUAACUUGAAAUAGGUCCGUCCUUUAUUAACUGAAAUAUGUAUGCAGACUAACGGUAUUUUACGGUUCGAAUCAGACGAGUCUAUUUAAAUUUUAUUUUAUUAAAAAAUUACAAAAUGUAAUCUAAAAAAUAUCGUAUAAUGUAUAAUAAAUAUCUUAACCAAGGCUACGGAUUUUGGCCCUCCCCCAACCAUUCGCUCCCUUUAAUUGCUUGAUUCCAAUUAGUAAAAAAAAAUUACAAAAAAGCAAAAUUCAUUUGUUGUCCACGGAUUGCAACCAUUAUAACAUUUGUUAAACUAUAUUAAAUUAUAAUUUUUUUUUUCUUUUUAUUAGACCUCACAAAUUAAUUUAUUAAUUGGAGCCUGCAAUCGUCAAUAUUACCCAUGUCUAUUGUAUCUAUGCAUAAUAAUUUCAAUAUAACUGCGGAAUAUAAUAUUGUUUGAGAAAAAUAUAUUUUGAAUUAUAAAAUAUAUAGUUUGUUGGUGCAGUGGUGGAUUUUCGGGGAAAUGACGAUGUGGCCCCACCCUUGGAUUUUUUUUCGUAAAUUGUGUAAUUGAAUUAUAAAUCCAAGGUUACAUAUGAACGUAAACAAACUUAGUAUGUAUAGUAAAUCAAACAAAUUUUGGGACCUCUCCCCCCAUGAAUGAGUUUUAGCUCUGUCAUUGUUUCCGUUUCACGUUUAUUUUUAUUGUUUACCGAAAAAAAAUUGAUGACUACUUUUCAACUAAGUUAUUAAAAAACACUGUAAAUAGAACAAUAUUGCAUGAUACACACUAUUAUUAUGAAUAAAUAUAGUUUAUAAACAUCAAUCAAUAUUGAAAAAUUUAUUGAAAACAGGUUUUUUGUUUAUUUACGGUACGUUCACUGGUGGUUUUUAGCUGUACAAAUAUCAUUUUCAACUCUAUUCUUUAUAUUUUAUUUUAAAAUUUAAGUAAAAAAAAUAGUUAAUACUGGAGAAAGGUAUAGCCACUGUUGUAGGUGAGUAAUUGGGAAGGUGGGAUACAUAAAGUUAUUUAAUUUAUAUCUAUAACCAACGAUAAUAACUCUUAAAAACGAAAAACGAUUCGGAACAAAGUUCGAUUAAACAUGUUUUGAAAAUUCGUAAUAUUUACGUUUUUUUGUCAAAAUUUGAUUUUAAAACUCAUAUAAAAAAAAAUAUACUACAUUAAACUCAAUUUUUUUUUAAUACUUAUAAUGAACCUCUUGCCAAAUUUUUAAAGAUUUCUGUCUAUUUUAAUGAUUUAAUCUACAAAGUACCUACCAAAUGAAAAUGACGUAAAACAUUCGCAUAAUAAUUAAGAUGUCUAUAAUUGCUCUAAAAUGGCUCAAAGGAUUUAAAAUUUUACCACGUCUAGAAAAAUAAAUAUGAGUCGAAAUUUUAGGUUCAUAUUAAAUUUACAUUACAUUAAAAAAAAAAAAUUUAAUUUACUAAAAUAAUUAUUUUCGUAGAUUUUUCUGUUUUGUUCAAUUAUUAAAAAACCUACAAAGAAAAUACAAAAAAGACUUUCUUUGUUAUAAACUAGAUUAAAAAUUCAACAAAAAAGAUCUCUAGUUGUUUUUCUAUUAUUUCUGGUAGAAAACAUAAGUUGUAAAAAUUAAAACAAUGAAAUCGAUAAUGCUGCGGUUCGCGCUGCACAGUAAAUCUUUGCUGUUUUACCAAUAAUUUUCUUUCGUGUUUUUCUCAAUUAUUUCGAAAACCUCUUGAAAAAUCUACAAAUGACCUGUGUAAUGCACUAAUUAGAAAAAAUAGUUCUAUACAUCAGAGCAAGAUUUCUCUUCAAAAAGUUAUUAACAGACAUAAAAAAAAAAAUAAAAAAAAAAAGCACAUAUAGUAAACCUCGCUACACUCCGAAUCCAAAAGCACACGUCACAGUAAAACCCUUUGGAAAAUCAAAAAAUUAUCUUCCCAACACACCAACUAAAGAAAAUUACCUUUCAGAAAAGGUGCUACACUUGAUACUUCGGAGUAAGAUUUCUUGUAGAAAAGUUGUUCGUGGACAGAAAAAAAACACACAAACAUUAUAGUAAAACCAAUAUAUCCCUCACUACGUUUUGAAUCUAAAAAUAAAAUAAACUAAUAUUUGUUAAAACUAACCAACGCAACGUAUACGUAGUUUUAUAAUUUAUAAUAUGUCAUCCUUAUAAUUACAGUUAUGAUAAAUCGAAGAAAUUAUCUAUGAAAUAAUAAUCUCCUAAAAAAUUUUUUGCAAAGAGGCUUUUAAAAAGUGGCAAUUGUAAUGUAUACAAUUUAAAAAAAAAAACGGUUUAAUUUUUAAAAGCCUUUAAGAAUAAAAUCUGCUGUUAUAAUUAAUGUAGGUAUUCAUUAAUGGAGGCUAUCUAUGAGUAGGUAUUACAGUAUUAGAGUAUUAGUAGCUUUAUUUAUAUUCAGCUACUUCGCGAUAUAAAGAGAAUUAAAGUGUAACUACUCAUUAUAAUUAUAAUUGUGUAAUCAUCGAACAAACAAAUAAUUUUUUACACAUUUUAUUGUAUGGGACAUUGUAUUGUAAAUCAAUGUUAUUUUUGGGUUCUUUGCAUAGUGAUUAUUUUUUUAUAUCCCUGAUUUUUAUUUAGCAUAUUCAAUCCCAGGCAUAAAACAUUAGGUACCUAUUUUUGAGUUCAAAUUAAUGAGGUUUAAUGUGAUAAACAUUUUUAUGUAUUCAGUAUCGGAAUAAUUUUUACAGUCUUCCAAAUUGAAUGUUACCAUCAAUCUCACUGUGAAUUUUAUAUUUUUUAAAAAUACGACCUAAGCGAAAUCUUUUUUAAAUUAUAUAUUUUAGAAUGUUAGAAUGCUUUUAUAUUUUUCUCUCUUAUGAACAGAAGUGACACUACUACCGUAUUUUGACUUUAAAAUUUCAACCUGUAUACUUAUUCAUAAUUCAAAAAAAUUUUAUUUAGGUACCCAGUUUUAGUUUAAACACAUUUUGGUGUUGACAUUUUUGCUUCCCGAAAAUGUCCGUUUAAUUUCAACAUAAAAUUUAAAACAACACGAGGAAAAUGUAAUAUAUUUCGUUUGAACAUGUAAUUUCAAAAAGUUUUCACAUACCUAGUUCAUUUUUAGAGAGAAAUAUAUAUAUAUAUGUAUUUCACUGUGAAAUUGACUGUAACAUAUAAUUUGGAAAACCUUGUAUUUAAAACUGUAAAAGACCAGCGAUGGGAGUCUUAUUUCAGAUCUAGACAGAAAGUAAAAGUUGUUAGGUAAUAUAAUAUAUUAAUUUGUUCUUUGCAAAGUAAAACGUAAAUGUUUAUAUAUGUUGUUUCUUUUGAACAACUUAUUAUUGUAAUAUUAAGGACCAUUCAAUAGUAUAUAAGUAUAUAUUGCAUACCAAGCAUCUACUCUCAAGAUGAUGGGGUACAUUAUAUGGGUCAAAAGAAUAAACAAAUAUGCAUAAUUUGUUAUAACUUUGAAUUUGCUUCGAGUUUUUCCAAAAGUUGACCUAAUCUAACUGGGUUACGCGUAUAAUAUAGUUAAAAUAAUUCUAUAAAAUUACGUAUAUUAUAAAAUGUUGUAAUAGUUAUAUUUUCGGUUGUUUUAUUAGAACUGUUGUACUUACCUUAUUAAUAAUACAAACGCACAAGUUAAUAAUGAUUACGAUUUAAGAGUUAUUAUAUAGGAUUUUUAUAUAUAAUUUAUCACCCUUAAAAUUGGUGAGGUUAUAAACUAUUUUCCUUUGGGACUUAACAAUUAUAAAUCUGACAGUAAACUACUGUUUUGUAACAAGAUCUCAAUAUGUAUCUCUAUGUAUCUCGAUCAUAUUUUUGAUUUGUACAUAGUACACACUUAAAUUAAGUAUCACACAAGCAUUAUAUCAUUAUGUAUUAUAGAUAUUGUUACUAAAAUAUUUGUGUUUUUGAUUGUUGUUAUUAUAUUUUAAUUAAAAUAUUACAAAAUGAUAAUUUUUGGCGAUAGAUAAGAGAAAAUACAAGUACCUACUACUGUUGGAUACGCAAUCUUAAAUUAUAUAAUAAUAGUAUGGUAUAUGAAUUUGUAAUUAUUGGAAAUAAUUGUUUUGGUUUUAAUAGAUGUAAUAUUACGUAGGUACAUAUAUAUGUAAUACAUAUACAGAAUGAUUCACUAAGCGUGCUCACCCCAAUUUUUUAGUUGAAUUUUGCAUAAAUAUAAAUUCUGAUUUUUGUAAUUUUUAAGGGUAGUCAAAGUUGAUAUUUUCAAAUACUUAGAUUUUUCACAAAAUUUAAGGAGUAUCCUGUGGUUUUUGAACUUUGGUUUUUCAAAUGAGAACCUAUAUUAAAAAUUCCACAAAUAAGCGGAGUAUUACUUUAAAUAUAUUUUUGUGUUAAAAUUUUUGAUUUCCGUCAACUCGUUGACAAGAUAUUUCACUUUUAAGUUUUGGUAGGGGAAGAAUAGUGGAGUAUCAUUUGUGUGGCAGCACGGCGUGCGCAUUUUUUUAAUGCUCUACUAUUCUCCAUGAAAAUGUUCUUUUAACAAAAUGUAUUUUAAAUAAUACAGCGAUUACAGCGUGUCUCACUCAAAUGGUACCUAAUAUAAAUAAUAUUUCAGUCGGAAGGACCUUAAAUAAAUUUUUUUUAGGUAGAUAAACUGGUACCACAGUAUACAUUUUGAGUUUAAUUUGAAAAUUUGACCAAAGGUUUACUUCUAUACCUUUGAAAAUAGGAUUAACGUGUGUAUUUUGGUACUAUCAUUUAAAUCUAAGUUCGUCUAGCUGAAUUAACUAUUUCGUGUUACCUGCAUUUGAGUGAAACUACAUUGCACUGCAAUUAUGUUAAGGAAUACUAAACAAAUACAGAUAACAUUUUAAUGUGGUAUUAACUAAUAAUAAUAAUUGUACUUAAAAAUAUGAUAAACUCUUAAAUGACUAAUGAUGGUAGAUAUUCAUUUAAGCUUUAUUAUUAAUUUUGUUUAGUCAUAGUGUAUAGUCAUAGUAUGUAAGUACUUAAUACGUUAUCCUAAUUUUAUUCCUCUCUAAAUCUGCGCUUCAUUGUGUCGAAUAUCGUCAAAACCAAAAUAAUACGUUCCUUUUUUUUUUUUCAUAAGUAUCUGCGGAUUUAUACUAUUUUAAUACUACGAGGUUACGAAGUGACGAAACAAGUAAUUUUUUUAUAGAUAUGUAGAAUAAAUACUGCAGUAUUGUCAUAUUUUUAAUAAUUAUUCAUUCAUAUUGCGCAUCGAAUGAUUAGCAAUCAACUGAGUUUUUGCAAGGUUCAAACUUUUAUCAUCGCAAGGAGUCCUUGCGAUUAGUAAUCGGGUUAUUAUUAUUUAUUUAUCGUGGAAAAUAUAAAUGCACAAUUGCGUGUGUAAAGUGUAAUUAAACAUAUUUAUCGUGAAAAAUAUUCUUAAAUGAAUUCCGGAAAAUAAAUUUAACAACAGUGCCCUUGAAACAAAGAAAAAAUUUAAAGAUAAAUUUAAAUAAUUAUUCAUUAACUAUUACUACGAAUGCGUUAAAAUAAAAACAAAUUUUAAUUCGGAACAAAAACACUUUUUUCAGAACGGGAAAUAUUCACACAAAUUAUCAUUAAUCAGUCAACUUAUCUUUUUAGAAGUAAUCAAAUGAAUAUGAAAUCUACACUUAAAGAUUUCAUACAAACCGUAUCAAUAUAAACAUGUUGGAAAUAAUUAUUCGAUUUCCAUAACGUUUAUUAUUAAUCUAGACUAAUAAUAUUAAUUACAAUCAUAUUCCCAGCAAGGGUCUUGAUUUGGAUAAUAUGUAAAAAACCUCCAUAAUGCAUUUAAAUGGUUUUAAAAUACAAAACAAAUUUUAAAAAAAUGGUUUUUUGAUUGAAUCAAGAUCUCUAGUAGAAAAGUUGCAGACAUUACAAUUUUUUUAAAAGACACGUUAUAAUUGUAGACUAAUACAAUUCUCAAAAUUGCAUAAAAUAAUAAAUUUUCUUAGUAUAUAAAUAUUCAAUUAUAAUUAUUUUAUUUUGAAGUUUUACAGUACGUUGUAUACGAAAAACUAGGUUACUUAAUAAAAUAAGAGGAGGGAGUAUCGUAAGAACGGUGUACCGUGUACAUUUGAACGUAAACAAACUUAGUGUGUAUAGUAAAUCAAACAAAUGUGUGUUGUUUUUUUUUUUUUUGUCGUAUUAAUGUUGCACUCACGUCUUAGUAUAGUAAUGGUAUCUCGAGUACAUAGGUAUGUGGGAAACUUAUUAAUGUGUCUACCUGAUCUUCGUUCUCCUCGCCUGUUGUCAAAACGUGAGCUUAAAAUCCAAUUGCUAUCGUAAAAAAUGUUAGUCUGAUAAAUAAUAUUUUGUUUAAAUUCGUAUAUUAUACUAUCGUAGGAUUACAUAUGCAUAAUAAUAUCAACCAUUGUGGUAGAUAACAACAUUACAUAUAUAAGUAGAAAAAAAAGCCGAUACUGUUGGUUAACACUGUUUUAGGAUGGAAGUUAGAAGCUAAGAUAUAUAGAGUAAUUUUAAUUAAUAUAAAAUGUACGCGCCGAUAUCGAUUGCUAACAAAAAACGAUUUACGUAUUUUUUCCAUAGUUGCCAAUGUAACAAAAUGUAUACAAAAGUUAAAAGGAAAAAAAAAUGCAUCAAUAAUAUUUGAUAGUAAUAUAUUUCCAAAAUACAACAAAAAUGGUCUCUCGUAAUUAUUUUUACUGGAUCGAGAUUUCUGGUAGAAAAGUUGCAGACACUAAAAUAUUUUUAAAGACAUGUAGUAGCAGACUAAUACAAUCCUCAGUUCACAUAGAAGCUUAUAAUAUAAUAAAUUUGCCCAGUAUAAUUAUCCAAUUACAAUUUUUUUAUUUUGAAAUAAAAAACGUUUCGUAUACAAAAACCUGGGUUAUUUAACCAGUGUUCCUUUUAAAAACGUAGCCUCGAAAUUUUCCAAAAUUUUUUAAUAAUAUAUACAUUUUUCUCAAUGCGUCCUGUGAAAUUGUCCGUAGAUUGUAUUAUGUUUUAAUCGUAGUUAGUAAUUAGUACUUUGCGCACGAUUGAGAUACUGGCUGAAGUAAAUAAUGAGUAAUGUCGUGAUAUGACGCUUGAUGGGCUAUGCCUAAUCUAUAAUAAUAUUUGUUCAUAAGGAAAAAUAUGGCAAUGGCAUUAACGAAAUUGCUCAUAAAAAUUAAAUUGGCAAUUUUGAUUUUCACAUUAGAAUUCUUAAAAAAAUCAAUUAUUAGACAUAUAAUUUUUUGUUUGUAAUUUUAUUAUAAUUGCACAAUUGUAAAUUGCCGUUUGUUCAAUGUAACUACGUAAAAAUUAAAAUUAAUUGUCCACUCCGUUGCAUAAUAGUCACUAGAAUAUUAUAUUAUAAGUCGUCCAGUUGUUUUAAAGUUUAACAUUACCUUUAACGGUCAUUCCUUUUCCGGAAAAACUAGCCUGCUUGUACCUAUAGGCUAUAAAUGGAACUUGAAAUGUAGUUUAAUUAUAGUGCUCUCUUUGAAAAUUAUCUUACGAGUGCUCUGCGGACGGAAACAUUUUCUAUAAUGAACACUUUGGGACGGCGGACGGUUUUUUUCAGAAACCGGUACAUUUCCAGCUCGGAGUACCUACGGGGACCGAAAGUGUCCGUUAUUCAAAGGUUUUAGGGUGUGCUAUAAUUCGGCCGUGUCCGGUGAUCACAUCGGCGAAAUCUAUUAAGCGAAUAAACAAUAACAAAAACGUCGUAAUCGUGCACGUGUGUUGUUGUUCUUACACGUGUCAUGUAACAACAACGCCGGCCACAAAGUCUGCGGGCUCGCGAGUGGUCGGCCACGGUAGCGGGGCGGGACAGCGCCACAAGCCGCGCCGCGUGGGACAGCCGCCGCCGUGCCGCGCCGCGCCGUGCCGGACGGCGGGCACACGGUCCGCGCAGAGCCGCAGAACGCGACUGCGAUCCGAUGGAGCAGGUUGAACCGAACGCGACGUUCGCGACGCCGGUUAUGACCGCCGGCCGGUAUACCGUGCACCCGGGACUCCAGGCCGGCGUGACCGUGUCGUACACGGUGGGCAUAUUCGGUAACCUAUUGGCCCUGUUCAUCCUGCACCGGACCCGGGCCAGCAGCAAUCAAAAGCACGGGUUCAUGUUGCGGUGCCUGGCCACCAACGAUUGCAUAGCGCUCACCGGCAUGCUGAUCCAGAUGUACGUGGCUUUGUAUUGGCCGUCGAUCGUAGGCAGCAUCUGGGCCUGCCGGUUCCGCGUGCUGUGGCGGUUCUUCGGUCUGGGUUCCGGUUGCGUGGCCAUCAUAAUGGCCGUCGAACGUUGGCUGGCGCUCACCAAACCGUUUUUUUACCAAAAGGUAAGUGCGCUCCUCUCCACAGGUCUUUUUACGACUGUAAAAAUGUACUCGGUUUAAAAAUCGUUCUCCUAAUGAACCAAUAAUUUAAAUUUAAACUUAAUAAUUAAAAAUAUUACAAGUUAGGUCAGGUUAGUGAAUUUGUAUUUAUUUUUUUUUCCCGCGGCAGGGAUCCGACCGCAUCGACGUCUACGCGACAAUCAUUGUCUGCAAACGCGUAAUUAUUGUCUUUGUAUGGAUCAGUAAAUGUUUUGCCCGGCACACUCGCUAUACUGCAAUAAUAUUGUUUUAAUGAAUAAUACGAAUACACGAAGACGAGAUAAUAUUACGCGGCUGCACGUACUGUAUUUCGGACGUGCGACCCGUGAUAACGCACUGCAACGAUUGAUUUCGUUAUCAAAUGGCAAUCAAGCGGUGUCAAAGUAUAAUUAUAAUAUACUCGUAGCGCACGAGAAGCUGACUGAAUACUAUACAUAAUAUUAUAUGGUGAUACGUAAAAAAAAAUAUAUAUAUAUAUAUAUAAAAAACCGAUUAUAAAGAAAAUUAUUGUGCAUAAUUAUCAAAUACGCGCAUGAUAUCCUCGCACAUUUUUUUUUUUAUCAUUAUUCUUAUUAAAACGAAAAUCCAUUAAAUAAACGAGUGCCCUAGACAAUGAUAACGUAAUAAAUUUCUGCCGGGACAAAAAAUACCGUAAUUUUCUCCAUAUUACCCUUUAUAUUAACAGUGACUUUUGUUGCUAUAUUAUACUGCUGCAGUUGUUUGCCAUCGUAGUCCUUUGAUCGUGUUUUAUACGUCUUUUAUUAUACGUCUGUACUCUGCUGUACGAUUUUUGUCCGAAAGAAAGCCUAUUUCCCUAAUAUUGCAAGAAUACGCAUUCUGUUUCGUUCUUCGCGAGAAUUAUGGCAUUAUGUUUUUUAAACAAUUUUUUUUUUUUUUUUUUGCCGUACAUCGUAAUUUAUUUACACGACUGUAUAAUGCCUCUAACAGUUAAUUACUCGUGAAACGAUAAUUUUGACGCGUUAAAGCGGACAAUUACGGUUAUAUAGGUGCGCAGGCAUGCGACCUAUAAUGCUGAAUAAAUAAUGAUAUAAUAGUACCGAUAGGUAAUGAAAUGCAUUAUAAUAAAAGUAUAAACGAACGGUCUCAUUUUUUUCAUUUUUCUGUAAGAUAUUUUAGUGCGUGACAUGUACAUAACGUUUUAUACGCGUAAAUUCGUAAAUAUAAUAUCAAAGCGUUUCGAAUAAUACAUUUAAAAAAAUAGUCGACACUGAGGAUGGAUGCGGCCACUGUUGUAGAUGAGCAGUUGAAAUGGCGGGAUACAUAAAGUUAUUUCAUUUGUACCUGUGAUUAACGAAAAAACAUUGCGAACGAAAAACGAUUCGGAGCGAUGAUCAAUUAUAAAUGUUUUGAUUUGUGAAUGGCUAUAAUAUUUAUAAUUUUCGGCGACAAUUCUUGUUUAAAAAAAAAUACUACAUUACACUUGAUUUUUUUUUUUUACCAAAAAAUACGAAUUUUCUGAGCAUUUCUGUUUGGUUAGAUAAUUUUCAUCCAUAGCUAGAGUACCUAAUGAUUAAAAACUACGUGAAAAACUUGCAAAAUUAAAAUGUCUAUAUAAUACUCAAAAGUGGCUGAAAUGUUUUUAAAUUAAUUUUUUAAUUAUUUUACCAUGCCUAGAAAAAACAAAUAUAAGUUUCUGUCAUCAUUUCAAGUCUUUCCGAAUAUUUUAAUUUAAAUUACAUUAAUAAGAAAAAAAUAAAAAUAAUAAUAGAAUUAUUUUCAUCAAUAGCCCAUUUUUUUUAUGUAUUUUUCGGUUUCGCUUAAUUAUUUAAAAAAAUACAAAAACAAAAAAUCAAAAAACUACUUUCUUGAUCAUUAAAAAGAUUAAAAGUUAUACAAAAACGAUCACUUGUUGUUUUUCUAUUGGAGAAAUACCUCUGGUGUAAAAUGGAAAGCGUAAACUUUAAAAUAAUUAAAUCUUAUCGCCAUAAAUUUGUCAGUUUCCAUUUACGUUUCUUUACUGUUUUCCGGUUUUUCUUAAUUUGUUAAUAAAACUACAGAGAAACACGACUCUUUUACUCGCCAAGUAGAUAAAAAUGCAACAAAAUAUGUCUCGUGUUUUUUUCCUAUUGGAACGAUAUUUUAGUAGAAAAUAUUUGCUGAAAUCGUUGUGCUGUAGUUUGAAAAAAAAAUAUUAUGUUUCGUCUUUUUAGUUUUUCACAAUUAUUAUGAAAAAUACUUUAGGUAUCAAAAAUAACUCUCUUUGUUAGUGGCUUUGUAGUUGAACAGAUAUGAUACAAAAAGUUAUUUCAUUUUUAUUCUUAAGCAACGAUAGUUGCUGACGAAAAUAUUUUUUGAGCGAAGUUCUUUUAUAUAUGAUUUGAAAGGCCGUAUUAUAUUUAUGAUCUUAAAAUGUUUAUAGACAAAAUGCUUAAAAAUUCUAUGUUUUACUUAUUAUAAACCUUGAAUUAAAUUUUAGAUUCUGAGCGUAGUAAGGGUUUUCAAACCAAUUAUAAAAAUAAAACAAAUUCUUCAUUUUAUUAUAUUUUUCAUUUUUAACCGCUAAGCACAACUUAUAGAGACCUCCUGUUAAAUUUUCAUGCAAAUUUGGUUGGUCAAUUAAUUAUAUCCACGUUCCACAUAGUACCUAUCAAAUAAAAACUAUAUAAAAAAGCUAAAAAUGUUUUGAAAGUUUUUCCACUUCUAAAAAGGCAAAUCUUAGUUUUCUAUCAAAAUUUCGAGUCUCUAAGAAAAUUUUCAACUAAAUUACAGUUAAAAAACUAACUUGGAAAUAAUUUAAUCAUUGUUUCCGUAAACUUUCUCGUUCUUUUUUUGUAUUUUUCCAGUUAUUCUCAAUUACCAUGAAAACUCAUCGGAAAAAUUUGUAUUCAUCAACUAGAUCCAAAAUAAAACAAAUAAGUUAUCUUGGUAUUUUUUGAAUGAAGCAAGAUUUCUAGUAAAAAAUAUAGUGCGUAAAAAUUAAAAACAAUGAAAACGGUAAUUGCCGUUUUUAUUGAAUGUUUAUUUCCGGUUUUUCAAAUUAUUUUGAAAACCCUAUCGAAGAUUCAGUCAUCCUGUAUAAUUGUAAAACAUAAUAUUGUUCGAGAAAAAUAUAUUUUCAAAUAUAAAUUUAAAGUUUUACGAUGCAGUGGUGGAUUUGCGGAAAAGGGGUGAUGUGACGAGCCCCGCCCUUGGACGUUUUUUUUUCGUAAAAUUUUAAUUGAAUUAUAUAUCCAAGGCUAUAAACGCAGAGAGAUAGGAAUAUCGUGAGGACGGUAUACAUUUAAACGUAAAAAAUUUAGUGUAUAUAUAGUAUAUAUAGUAAAUCAAACAAAUGUGUUUUUUUCGUCGUAGUAAUGUUCCAUUCACCUUUUAGUAUAUUAAUAGUAUUUCGAGGACGUAGGUAGGUAGCAAAUUUAUUAACGUAUCUAUAACCUCAUCCUCGUCCCCAUCGUAUAUUGUCAAAACGCAAGCUUAUAAUCCAACUGCUAUCAUAAAAAAGUUAAUCUAAAUUAUAUUGUUUUGGCUAAAUUCGGGCUUAUUAUCGUAAUAUUACACAUAAUAACAUAAUGACAUCGAUUAUUGUAGUAGAUGAAUACAUGUCAUAUAUAGAUUUAAAAAAAGGACGAUACUGUUGAUGGAUGUGCCAGUGUUUAAAAAUGGAAGUUAGAAGGUAGGACUUAUACAGAAAUGUAUUUAAUAUAGAUUUCUGGUAGAAAAGUUGUAGAAUGUCACUUCAAUAUUUAUUAAAGACACUUAAUGGUAAGCUAAUAUAUUCCUCGGUCCAGACUGAACCCUAUAAUAUGAUACAUUUUCUCAGUAUAAAUAUUCAAUUAUAAUUAUUUUAUUUUGAGUUAAAAUACUUUGUAUACGAAAAACUGGGUAACUUAAUAAAAUAUUAAAUUUGAUUGUUAUACAUUAAAGACACGUUUAAAUUAAGUAGCUAAACGUUACCUAUAUAUAUUUUUAAUUUUACCAAUAAUUUAUUAACAGUCUACACAAAUAAUAUAUGCUUAUUAUUAUUAAUACACUUGCAACUAUUUUUUUUUUAACAUUUAUUAUGUAUCGGUACGUCGUUUAUUGUUAUCUUAGUAAUAAGCCUAACACGAGAAAAAAAGUGGACUUAUAUUAUAUGAUGACUGAUGAGCUAUAAUUAUUCCAAUAUUUAAUUUAUGACUUAAUCAAUGUACUAUAUUUGGAUAAUUACAUAUCGUAUUUUUAUGUAAAUAUACUAUUGCUUUUUUUAGCUGGUGGUAUCAUAAAUAAUGAUAUCACCUAACAAUAUUCAUAGUCCAUGAUUGUUAUUAUUUUAGUAAAUCUUUAGAAUCACACAAUUUUAUAACACGUUUAACAAAAUUCCGUUCAAACAAAUAUUUUAUCUCCAACUUCCCUUAUAACAGUGAGUUUUUCAUUAACACUAUUAUGGACACCUAUUCAUUGGUUUUUUUACUAUUUUUUUUCUAAUAUAUUAGCGAAACGUUAAAAUUUCAACUGAUAAAAUCAUUGAUGGGUUAAAUUAAAAAGCAAAUAUAAAUAGACUUUUUUUAUGUAUGUAGUGUAUGGCGAAUAUAAGUAAUUACCUAUCUACCAGCAGUAGUGUAUUUACGACUUGGUUUUUAUGAAGGGCCCAACCUCAUUGUGUUGAACCCCUUCGAUCCACAUAAUUUAGUUUACUAAAUCCACCGAAAUUAUAUACCACUAAUAUUAUCGAUGUCAAUAGAGAACCUAACCUCGUACAUUUUAAAUAUACGUUCUAAUAUGUGGAUAUUUUACCAAAAAGUAUUUCGGUUUGCAGGGAGAACUUGCAACAAAUAUUUUAAGUUUAACAGUUACUAUAUUCCGUUUUUCUUUUUGAAUCUCUUGUGGUUUCAUCCUUGGUAUAAUUAUUUGAUACAUCAUUCCAUUGAUUUUUACAGCAUUUUUUCUAAAAUAUUCCAUUUUCUCAUAUUUUUCAUCAUAAUAUCUUCUUAUGUAUAAUUGAAAUGUUCUACGUUUAACUUGAACGGUAUGACGUCUUUUAGCAAAAUACGAUUCGAUGGUUUUGUUAACUUAUAUUGCACGUUGUAAUAUUUCCAUUUAAAAGAAGUCCAUUUUCUUAGUUAUAAAUGUUAUUAUUUUUGAUUAUUUGCAUUAUCAAACAAUAACAGCAAAAUUAUCGAAGUCAUAUGUUUUCUUUUAACGUUUUAAUGACAGUUUGAAAUGGUGGUGAAUCUAUUCGUUGACACAAAAGUAUUUCCUGACUUAAAACAAUUUGUAGUUUUUUCUUUGGCGCAAAUUGUUUCAGAAUUUAUAAGUUAAAUAUUAAAAUAAAAAAUAGACACUAGUUUGUAUUUUGUCUGUAGCAAUUGUCAAGCCAAAUAGUCAUUAUACUUGAAUCACCAAUUUUUUUUUUUUUUUUAUUAAAAAAACAUAAAAUGUGCUUACCAAAUCUUUUUAUUUCUUCCAUUGAUACUUUUGUGCCAUAACAAGUAAAUGGAAAUAAUUUUGAUUUUGUACCUAAUGGUGCAAAACUCUUGUGAUAUUCGAUGAUACAUUUAGUGAAUAGAUUUUUUUUUAGAUAAUUAAUCUAUGGUAACUAUACGGACGAGUUCUAAAUGAUAAUAUUAAAAGAAUAGAACUAUGAAAUUAAUUGUGGGUAUCCCAGUUUAUAUUUUUAUUUAACGAUUUCGCUUUAUAUAUGUAUACAAUUUCAAAUAUCUUUAAUAAAAUAUACAUUUGAUAUACGAAUAAUAAUGCCUUCGAAUAAGUUAUUCAAAAUCAGAGUCAGUUAUUUAUGGCUACAUUGUAUAGGUAUAUACGAGCAGACGAUAUUUUCAGAAGGUUAUUCUAGUAUUUGAACAAUAAUAUAUAAUAUGUGUACCCUAAUACCUUGUAAAUUACCUGAAUAUCCUAACCUUCAGUGGUGCAACCAGGAUUUGUUUAUUAUUAUUUUUUUGGAGAGAGAGCUAGAGUAUAUGCAUUCUAUACAAAUAUCUUUACAGGUUUUCGUGAUAAUACAGUAUACUAAAUAACUGAACUGAACGAAGUAAAUAUUUUCAAAAUUACGUGGAAAUGUCUGAAAUUGUAAUACAAACUAUGCAACUACAGGGCAGUAUUAUUUUGAAUUCGUAUACAAAAUCUCAAAUUUAGGUAUUUAGGUAUUUAGGUAUUUAGGGAUUCAACCCUCUUCUGGUUGCAUCACUGCUAACCUUACCCAUAAUUACCUACUCCAUGGUUCAUAGAAAGAAAGUUUUAAAAUGUUCUAUCAACUCAAACGAAUAAUAUAAUUUAAACGCUUGUAUUGUCACUUAUAGGAAAAAAAACAACCGGUGGGCCUAAAUUGUAGUAGUUUUGAUAAAUGGUAAAUGUGUACUGUGUAGUAUACACUUAUUAUAUAUCUGUGCAACCACACAUAAUUUGUGUAAAGAUACUCAUUCUUAUAUUUGAAUAACUUAAUGUUUAAUAAUAAUAUUUUAUAAACAAUCUUUGAACUUGUAGCAGAUAAAAAAGUCGUAAAAAAGAUAAUAUAAGAUUUGUUUUUAAUAGAAUAAUCCGAAAUUAGUAUUCGGCCAAUCACCGGGACAAAAGAACUUUAAUAAUAAUAUUCGAAUAGUGGUGUGUUGGAAUAUAUUCAAAUUUAGAUCAUAGAUAUUUGGUACUAUAUUUUUAGAAUACUAGGAUUUGUUUUACAAGAAAUUAUGAAAUUAUCGCUUAAUAAAUAUCCCCAAAAAACUUAGUUAUUCAGUGAACUUGGGUAUUAUAAUAUAUAACAUAGUGUGACGAUAAUAAAAUAAAAUGAUUAUUUCUACUUAAAAUGAGGUAUCUUUAUUUUUCGUUAAAAUUCGGUUUAAACGAUAUCUGAUGAUAAAAAAAAUUAUAAGUAAAUCAAGUACUUGGUAGUACUUGAUUCAUUCCUUUUAUUCUGUUAACUAUUCAGAAAUUUAUCGAAAACGGAUCUGUGAAGGAAUGUAUUGGAAUUUCGUUAAGUUAUAGGAGGUUCAUGAACGAUAUUUUUUUCGUUGGUUCAAUAACUAAUUUUAAAUAAUUUUAUGAACCUUUUUUUUAAUAAUAUGUUAUUAAUAUAAGUUUUUCUCAAUAUCCCCUGUAAAAAUAUUCAUAGGUUAGGAAUUUAUGGAAUCGAUAAUAUAUUAAAAUUAAUCUAAAAAAAGAACUAAUACUGGGGGCGGUCACUGUUAUAGUUGGGUAGUGGGGAUGAUGGGAUACAUUAAGGUUUUUAAUAUAUACCUGUAAUCAACGAUAAAUCAUUGCUAACGAAAAACGAUUCGGAGAGAAGUUCGGUUAUACUUGUUUUGAAAGUCCAUAAUAUUUACGAUUAUUGUUAAAAUUUGAUUUUAUAAAACUUUUAUUAAAAUAAAAAAUAAUACACUACACUUAAUAUUUUUUUGAUCACUAAGUACGAUAUAUAAUGAACUUUCUAUUUAAUUUUCAAGCAAGUUAAGUCUAAUAAUAUUAUCUACAUAGUACUUAACAAAUACAAAAUUACAUAAAAAAAAACUCGAAAAUUAAAAUGUCUAUAAAUAACUCAAAAAUGGUUCAAAUGAUUUGAAUCAUGUCUAGAAAAAGCAAAUACAAGUUUUCUGUCAAAGUCCCUUUGAAUAUUUUUCUUGAAUAAUAAAGCUUGAAAUUGGUAGGAGGUUCAUUAUAAGUCGUACUUAGUGGUUAAAAAAAAAUUUAGUUUAAUGUAGUAUAUUUUUUUUUUAUGAAUUGUAAUUAUUAAUUAAGAGAGGCCGUAAUUAAUAUGGACUUUCAAAACAAGUAUAACCGAACUUCUCUCCGAAUCGUUUUUCGUUAGCAAUGAUUUAUCGUUGGUUACAGGUAUAAAUUAAAUAACUUUAUAUAUCCCAUCUUCCCCACUACCCACCUACAACAGUGACCGCACCCAUCUCCAGUAUUAGCUCUUUUUGUUUAAAACAAUUUUAAAAUUAUUUUAUAAGCACUAUUUUUACAUGUUCUUUCAAAUUAAUUAAUAAUACAAAUAUUCUUUAGCCACUAGUUCUGUGCAUAAAACCAGAAAGCUCUUAGAGACCUGCAUGCAUGGACUGACAUUUUCUGGUCCGGUCUGGCCCCACCAGGUUGUAUAAUAAACCAGACCAACCCGGCUUUUUUGUGAGAAGUUAUAUAAAAAUUCGGUAUGACCCAGCCCGAAAUUUUAUUGGUGUGGAAAAGUCCAGCUUGGCUACUAGGUUUAAACAUUUUUUUCAAAACUCACCGAUCACAAUUUAAGGUACUUAGAUAUUUCGUAUUUAAUGGAAAUGUCUUGUUUUUGCACGGUCCUCUUUUGGUAUUAUAUAAUAAUAAUCAUUAAUACAUUUGCAAAUUAUUAAAAUAUUUACAUUAAUAUAGUGAAGAAUAUUUCACCUUAUAUUUUUAAUGUUACGUACAGGGUCUUCUAAAUUAUAUGUUACGGUUUUGAGUGUAGGCGGAGUGUAUAUCAUAGGUACUCAAUACUCCUACUCUCAAAACCUUAAUAUAUAAUUUGAAUACUCUGUUACAUCAUAAAGUAAUAAUGAAAUAUUAUCAGGAAACCAUAUUCGUGUGAAAUUUUCAUAAUUAUUGUUCGUUGAGCAUAAAAUUAUUAAUUAUUAUUAUGGUUAUUACAUAAUCUAACAAUUUUAUUUAUCUAUAAUAUAUUCUCCUCGAAUCUUAGGUAUCUUAGGUACUUAAUAACUAAAGUAUAUGUAGUAUAGGUACCAUAUUAUGUGCAAUCAUGCCAUCGACCUAUUGGUAUUUGAUACAGCUAAAUAGUAAUCGCGAGCAAACCGAACUCGCAAUGGCAUGUGAUUUAUGAUUGUCGUCAAGGAAUACCAUUUUAGUAUUUUUUCCAUACAUAUUUUCGUAAAGAUAUAUACAUAUAUAUAUAUAUAUAUAAAAAUGUGAUUGAUUUGGUAGUUGUAUUAUCACGUUAUUAUACACGUCAUUGACUAGGUACGUACGUAUGUAUAUAGGAUGUCCCAUAAAGAUAUACCCCUUGAAUAUCUCCGGAGAAAAAAAAAUAAUCAAAUUCUGUUAUUUUUUUUUUUAUUAUUACUCACAGGGAUGAGGACUAUAAAUAUUUAUAUUUGAAUUAAUUUUUUUUUUUAAUUAAACAAGUUUAACAAAAUAAGUAACUUUUAUUUUAUUAUUUUCUGAAAAUUUUAAUGUAUCACACAUAAUUAUAUCCAAUGAAUAGUUUCUAACUAACAACCGUUUUAAAUUCUUCUAAUCCAUAUGAAAACCAAUGUUAUCUAAGGAAUAGCUUAACCGCGUUACGCGAUAACAUACUAUUACGAUGUUACUUAAGAACUAUUCAUCGGAUAUAAAUGUGUGAUACAUUAAAAUUUUCCGAAAAAUUUUUUUUUUUUUUCCUUUAUUAUUAAAUACACAAUCUGUACCUCGUUGGUACAACAAGAGUAUUAGCUAAAAUAUAAUAAAGUAAACAUGAAUAGCUUGAUAAAAGCAGCCACCCAGUGAUGACAUUUANAAAAAAAAAUUUUCUUAAAAAAAAAAAAAAAAAAAAAUGUAAUUUAAAUAUAGUCCUCGUUAGUCCUCGUUUCUAUGCGUAAUAUAUAAAAAAAAAAACAAAAUUUGUAUUUCCGGAGGUAUUCAAUGGGUAUGUCUUCAAGGGACAGCCUGUAUUAUCAAUUUAUCGAAUAAAUCGCCAUAUUCGUUUGGUUAAUUUUAUGACUGAUUCAUACCGUAACGUCCUCAAUUUCAAUUUACUCGGUGAGAUGUAGUCUCAUCAGCUUCUAAAAUUCUUAGUUAACUUAUCAUCAUCAGGUGAAAUAGAUUUCUCUGUACUUAUACUAUUAUCCCUCGUUCGCUUUAAAAUAAAUUUACCAUUAGUUAUAAUACUAUUAUAUACAUCAUCAGUAGAGUAUACGGUGGAGUUGGUGUUUUAACCCUCUACCAUUGUUUUUUUUUAGCUAUAUGAAAGGUUAAGAAAAUUCGAACCCCUAAAUGUCUCACAUUGAUAAAUCCUGGCUACAUCACUGUACAUCAUCAUGAACCAUUCUAUAUAAUUAUGUCUUCAACAAAACACAUUGUUAACUAUUAUUUAAAUUCUUUGGCUGAUUUAUUAGAAUUAGAGUGUGGAUUAAUAUUCUCUUAAAAUAGCCAAAAUAUGAUGCUUAAAUUCUCUUAAAAUUUUGAAUAUAUGCUUGUAAUAUUCUCUAAAAAUAUUAUUAAAAUAUGAAAAAAUAUGUUUUUAUAUCAAUAUAUUCUCUUAACAUCAAAAUAUGCAAAACAAUUUUAACAAAUAAUAAUUAACAAAAUCAAUUACAUUAUUAAAAUUAAAACAAACUCAUUUUUAGGUUAUUAUUUCGGCAUUUCAUUAAACUAAAACUUGUAAAUCAAAACACAACAGUCUUAAAAAAUGAUUUUUUAAUUUUAUUAGACUUGGAAUACAAAACGAAAACUCGUUAUCACUAGAGGAAAAUAUGUGAUAAUUUACGCGGUAACAAAUUAUUAUCAAUUAUUCGGGUCGUAGGUAGUCUGUAAAUUGAUAACUAGAUAUCAAAAAUUCGACCAACAGAACGUGUAUCAAAGUAAUUUACCGUAUUUGUAUUAUGAUAAACAGUAAAAUAAUAAUUUUCGCACUUCAUUAUCAUUUGCCAAUUAUCAAAUCGUAGUGGUAUUAAAAACUAUCAUACGACUUACCAUUAAUAAAAUAUUAUAAAAUAGAAAAAAAUGGAAGUGGUUGAAAUGUAUAUAAUUUUUUAAUUCCUGAAAAUAUUUCAAUUCAUCAAUUUUUAAUUAGUCAAAUAUGCAAAAAAAUUAUUCCAUAUGAAUAUAUUCUCUUAUCAUCAAAAUAUGCACUUAAAUGCAAAUUAAAAUGUUGUAUUCAGAUUCUUUGUACUGUGAAUCGUUGACAUAUCUUACUUUCAUGGUUAUGCAUACAUCCAUUAAAAACAUAUUUUCACGUAGAAAUCCGUGCUCUAAUUAUAAUACUAUUAUGUACAUCAUCCGAGGGGAGGUUGGUGUUUUAACCCCUUUUCAUUGCUUUUUUUUAGCUAUAGAUAAGGUUAAGAAGAUUCAAGCCUCUAAACUUCUCACAUUGACAUCUACAGUCAUGAUCCAUUCUAUAAACUACACAAAUAAAAAACCACCUCUAAUAUGCUAAAUAUAUUUAUUUACCAUCCUAAUCAAAUUCUGAAAAAAAAAGAAAAAUAUCAUCUUUUUAUACAGAUAUAUCUAAAUAUUAUACCUAUAUAGUAUAUUACGUAUCGCAAAUUCGUACCAAUCUAUAUAUUGCUAUUAUGCACCUAUCUAAAUUUUUUAAUUUGAAAUACGAGUAUAAAUGCAAAUUAUAAAAUAUCUAUGUACAUUAUCUAUUGUAUCUUGUUCGAGAUGUUACCUAACCCAAACAAUUAAUAAUUCGCCUGUCACAACGAAAAAAGGUCAUAUCUUACUUUUCCCAAUUUUUUUUAGUAUAAACGUUUAAAAUAUUUAAGUAUAAAUAAUUAUUUUAUAAAAACCGAGAUACGACUGUUUUCGUUGUGACCCACGAAUACUGUACAAUGACGUUAUAUAAUUACGGAGUAAAAACUACAAAAACUGAGAACGACUUUAAUAACUUUAUAUUAAAAUAUAUUUUUAAUUUCAUUUUGCUAUCCGUAAAUACAUUUUGAUUCUAGAUGAUUUAAUUUAUAAAAGUUUAAAAAAAAAGAAAGUUUUUAUCGAUAAUUUUUCCCUUUAAUUUGGAUCACAUAAGUCACAGUGCCAUAAAUCCGCUAAUAUUUAUUACACAUAUAUUUGUAUACAGUAUAGAAUCUAAACAUUUUACAGGCUUAGCGAUAUUAUCAAAUCUAAAUUAUAGUAUUGAAUUUAAAAUUAUUUACACGAAAUAUUGUAAAAGUCCGUUUAUAGGUAUAAUAUUGUUAUAUCCGGGAGAAAAAAAAUAUACCAACAUUAAAACGCAUUAGAAUCGAUCUAUUAAGGACUAUCCGCGAUCCCGAUAUAAAAACAUUUUUCGAUAUAAUUUUGAGCAUACUGUAGUUAGGAUGAAUACGUCAUUAUGUAUAAAAUGAUUAUAGAUUAUAUAUUUUGAUUGUUAGGUGUGUUAUAUUUUAGCAAUAGCCCGUUUCCGUUAAAUAUGGCGUAAUGUUGUAAAAUUCUAAUUAAUUUUGUUAUUUGUUUUAAAAUUAAUUUAAUACAUAAGUAUUAUAAUAACUUAUCAGCUACAUAAAUGUAUAAUAUGGUAAUUCUUGCUCCCGUAUCUAUAUCAGUGGCCAACCCGGCCUACUUAUAUCGCUUAUUUUAUAUUUUUUUUUAUAUAAUAUCUACCAUUAAAAUUACAUUAUAACCAUACUUUGUUGGCAGGUAUUAAUUUAUUGUAUUAUCAAUUAUUCGUAUCGAUAAUGUCUAAUCAGGAUAAUAUUCAAAUUCGGACACGAUAAUAUUUUGAACAGGUUUUUAAUGAAUUAUUUGAUAAAAUUUACAAAUGUAUAAUAUAUCCAAAUUAUAAAGUAGCCAUUGAGAAACACAAUGCAACUAAUAUAUAUAUAUAUAUAUUUAUUUUACGUAGAUUAUUCGACAUUUUGAUUUCGUUUUUUUUUCACGCGAAAUAACGAUUUAUUUAUUUAUUUAAGAAUGUCCAAUAUUAAGAUAUUGGACAUUUUCAUAGAUAAGUACAUUAAAUAUGGAAUAUAUUUUUCUGUUAUUCUUUCAAACUUUAUGUACUAUUCCUAGGCCAUUAAAUUUUAAAUUUAAUCUUCAAAAAUAAAUGUAGAAAUAAAAAAAAAAAAUUGGUAACUAAAUACAUUCGAUAAAAGUCGCAAAAAAAAUACCGUACUUUAUUUAUUAUUAGGGACACUUUUUAACAUUUUCAGCAGAUACUUCUUAGAUAUUUUUUUUCUUGAAUAUAACUUUUUUGGUUAGUAAAAAUACUCCAAAUUAUUCGCAUUGUAUCUUAAAAAAUGCGAAUUUAAAAUUAAAAAUGUCUAAAUUCCCAACAGUUUUUCCUGUCAGAAUCGUUUUAUGAUUAUAAUGAUUUAUUUAGUUGCUCUUAAUUUAUAAUUUAAAUUAUCCUAUAUACCAACUAAAUUUUCCAUCUACUAGAUAAAGUGGUUUACCUAAAAUGUAAAGUACGUCCUGUUGGCUAUGGUCGAAUAUAUAAUCUAAUACAAGUAUUAGAUUUGAUUAAUAACAAAGAUAUUUAUGUAGAACAAUUUUAAAAACAUGAAACAUUGUCUAUUUAUAUUUAUAUUUUAGUAAUAUUUUACAUAUUUUGUACACAAUUGCGUCACAUCGGUUUUAUUGUUUUUAAAUCGUUAUAUUAUAUUAGACAACAUACCACACUGUUUUGUAAAUAUCUUAUAUUUAAAUACUAUACAGGCCUAAUAUAAUAUUUAUAGGUUUGAAUAACAUAAUAUAGAAAACAUUAAAUAGUAUACAUCUGGCAAAUUGAAGAUAGGUAAUAUUAUUAUAUUGAUAAUUUAUAUUUUAAUAUUAUGUUAUAAUCUAUGUAAUAGUGAUACAAAAAAUAGCUGUACAACCGUAUAAUUAAAGUAUAGAAAUUUGUAUACUAAUUUUAAAUGGGCAGAACAUUUAAACCAUGUAAUUCAUUGGAAGCAAAAUUAAGAACAUUUUCUUAAGCGGCGAAUCAAGUUCAUAAAUCUUCUAUCCAGUCUUCUUCAUCAUACGUUGCAGUUGGUCUAAUUAUGUUCAAUAGCCCUAAGGAAUAUUACAUAUUUUAUAUUACGAUAGAUUUAGAGUGAAUUUGAAUACUUGACUAUUACAAAAUGCCCUUUCAAUGUUUAUCCAAUGUUUUACUAUCUUAUAAUAUACUUUAUGUAUUUUCCCCUUUUUUAUUGUUAUGAGUUAAUAAUUAUUAUGUUAUGAUCACGUUAUUAUCAUGUUAUAAUUAUGCUAUGAAUACUGCAGUGCACCAAUAUGGACGAAUAGUGCCCACGCAAAAAAUAUUGAUGUUCAACUUAAUCGCUGCAUGCGAACAAUAACUGGCACAAUAAAAUCCACUCCCCUUCAAUGUUUACCCGUUCUAAGCAAUAUAUCACCCCCACACUUACGAUGUAGAAAUGCAUCUUAAAAAAAAUGGAGAAAAUGCAACUCUAAAUUAAGUUUACCAAUACACACCUUCGCGAAAUCCCUUCUGAACCCACCAAGACUUAAGUCACGUAAUCCACUUUAAAAAUCCGACAUCGUGCUCUAUAUAAACGAGACAUGGAAAAACGAAUGGAAAACUUCAAAACCAGAUGAAAAACAUUACCUAAAAGAGCCAACAGAAAAACCUCGUGGAAAAAAUCUCCCCAGAGACUACCCUAAUUCGUGUUCGCCUCAGUCAUUGUAGAUAUAGCUACUUCAUGUACAAGUGGAAUAUCGUGCCAUCCCCGAACUGCGAUUGCGGUCAUCCACAUAAGACAAAAUUUCAUAAUAUGCUAGUAGUAUAUUAUACUAACUGAAUGCCCUAUUAGGAAUUCAAUGACGAACUCGAAGAUAUGAUUCGUUAUGUUCAAUGCUUUCCCAGAAGCUGUGGCACAGAUAAAAAAUCUUGACAUUAAACUAUAGCUGUUCAUCAAAAGACGAGCCAUAUACUUUCCAAGGAUACUUUAAGGAGUACGGUCGUUUUUUGGACGAAAAUUACUGUGGAAAUAGAGAUAAUUUAAUACCAUGUUACUUAAAAAUAUCAGCAAAGUAGUUUCCAAUCACUUUUUUUUUUUUUAGUUAAUAAUUUGCAAGACGUAUUAUUCUAAAAAUUCACUCAACUGCGAAAUUGAUAGUAUAGUGAGUCGAGAGAAUAUUCCCGUUGUUCCCGUUACUACCCGAUAAGUUAUUAAUGAAUUGCUGCAUAGUUUUAAACCUAAUAAUAGAUAAUAUAUUAUCUAAUAUACUUACAAAAAUUACUUAAAAAAGAUUUAAAUUUAUUAUUUUUCUACUUGAAAACUUGGUUUCUACUUAAUAAUGUUGAAUACAAAAAUGUAUUAAUUUAUUAUUUAUUUUAGUUUUCAAUGCCUGACAGAAAUUAAACAAAAAGAAGAUAUACCUAUUAAAAAAUUAAAAAAUAAUAAUAGUAGUGAUAAAGAUAACAUUUUUAAAUAUAAACAUAAUGUAGAUAAUUAGUAUUUUAGAAAUACAAAAUUAGUACUUCACAGAAGAAAAAAAACAAUUUAAAAUAUCAACAAAUAAUAACGAUAAUUUUUUUCUUUCAAUAUUGGUUUUUUUUUUUAAAUUGCACGAUGAUCAGACUUUUGUGACAAGAAAUAAUAUCAUAAGCAGGUAUACUUACUAAUAGUAACCAAUCUGCUUAAUAUUAUUUAUUCUUUCUCGGAGAACCUGUGUUACGUACACACGGUUUAUGAUUCGUUUUAAAAAUAGUCAAUCAACCUAAAAAAAAAAAAUAUGUAUAUAUAUAUAUAUGUAUUAUUCGUAUGUAACUAUGCAAAAGAUAUUAUUUAUCAAGUGCGAAUUUAUGUAAAACUUUCUCGUCUACGCGAAAAUCGUGCCAAAUUGCGUUUUAACGAUUAAUUAGCCCCGGUUAUGUAAAACAUUGACAUUGAUUUAAUAAUAAUAAUAAAAACAAAAAAUGACUGAAAAUAAUUAUAGUUUAUUAUAAUGCAUAAUAUAUGAGAUUGCACUUGUUUUAUUUUGUAUAAUUAUAUUAUUAUCGAUGUCAAUUUAUCGUUUUUAAUUAUAUAUCUAUACUGCGUAAUAAAAAAAAAAAAAAAAUUAAAUCUCGUUAUCUGAAAAUGGCAAACAACAUAAGUUCGUAUGAUACAUUAUUAUGCACUCGAAAUUUUCCGUUGAUGAUUCAUAACUAUUAUAUAAAAUAGUACAUUAACUGCAUAUGUUCGAGGAGAAAAAAAAAUAUGCAAUUUAAAGAAGAAAAAAAAAUUAACAUCGAUAUUGAUCUCAUUACUAUUAUAAUAUUAUUAUCAUCUACAGUUGAAAUGAUUUUGGCUUUUUUUAGGACCUAAUAUGGUCGAUUGAAAAAAAACAUCAUAUUUUAAUCAUAAUAUAUUGAGCAAGUACAAUAACUUCAAUGGAAACAAAGCUCAAACGCGUGUAUUGUGAUAUAUUAAUAAUAAUUGUACUGUAUGCGAACGAAUGAUAGCUAUAAAGCUUUAUUGAGUCUCGUCGUCGUUAUUGAUUGCCAUCGUCGAUCGAUUUAAUAAUUAUUAUUAUAAAAAAUAUUAACCUAUCGAACGAUUUUACGACAAUCAUAUAAUGAUAAAAUAUUUAACAAUGUAAAAAAAAUAACUCGACGGUGAUAUUAAAUCAUUAUCUUAUACUAUUAAUAAUAUAAUAAAUUAACACUAUAAUAUAUAAUUUAAUUACAUAUAUUGUUUAUAGUUAUUAAUUAUUUUUGUUUAAUGAUAAAUUCGUACACAUUUAUCAUCCCUUCUAUAUACAUCUCCCCUAUCCAAAUUUAAAAAUAGAAUAUCUAUAUCUCGUCAAUGGGAAUAAUAAAUUUCAACACUAAAAUUUAUUUUUUAUUAAAUUUCAUCGAUUUCUGAAAUUUAAAGUACAAGUCACUACUUGGAAAUCAAACUUAGCUAGUGGUUACUACCGCCAAAAUUAAAGGUUCUGAAAAAUAACGGAAACGUAAUAUUUUAGAGUUGCUUAAUGUAAACUGUCCAAAAAAUCAAAAAUUCGAUAAAAAUUAAUGAAGAAACCUUCAUCGAGAAGUUUUAUCGAGAAUCGAUCACGACUCAAGAGUUUGUGUAAACACAAGAGAAAAAACACCAUAAACCUACCUGCGGAUACCGAACUACGUUCAAGAUAGUUUUUUGAUUGCAAUUCAAAAAAAAAUUGCCGUUCGAAUCUCUCGGUUCCGGGUAGGGUACAUUUCGGACGGGCGUGCUGACACGAAUCCCGGUAUAAUAAUGUGCUGCGACACAUCAAUAUUAUCGUCGCGUGAUUUUCCGUACGUAUUAUAUACUCGUCGAAAAUAAUGCGUGACAUUAUAAUUAAAUUACUGUUACCACUGCUAUAUACCUAUAUAUUUAAUACCCACUACCUGCAAUAUUUGUACGAUGUUUUAUGGUUAUUGCUGCACAUUUCGAAAUCUGCGCACAUUCACACUUCCAUCACCGUGUCGUGUUUUAAUGUUUUUAUUUUAUUAAUAAUAUAUUAUAUCGUUUGUUGUUACUAUUAUUGAACGUAUUAUUGUUUGUCGCGGAAUGUACGACUGUGAAAAAUUCGCAACCGUACGACGACAGCGACGGCCUCCGUGAUGCCUCCAGAAUAUUAAAGCCGAAACGCGUCGUCGUCGACGAGUUACUGCUGACACGAUAACCACUAGCUGCGAUUCAAUAAUAUUUUGUGUGUAAUUACAUAAAUUAUAAUUAGAUAUUACUAUACAGUCUAAUAAUCGAGUAUAUAAUAAUCGGCUGUAAAAUAGUUGUACAAGUGUAAUAUUGGCGCAUUCGAAUGUAUUUCAGUGGCGUCAUUUCAAUUUUUUUUUUUUAGUACUUGUGUGUGUAUACAGGCCACGAAACCCGUUAAGAAUUUUCAAUGCAAUAAAAUUAAAAUAAUGCACAAAUUUUCCAAACAAAUUAACUAAACCGCCAUCUAAUAAAACGUUAAAUAACUAAUUAAGUUUCAUUCAGGGAUCAUCACAAGUACACAAAUCUUGAUAAUGUCUUAAUCAUGGUUUUGUUCUUAAUUCAAAAUAAAAAGAGAAUUAUUAAUAGACCAGUAAGGCACAAACCACUAUCCAUCACUCAAGCCAAACAAUUUAUAAUACGGGCCAAAUCACUAUAACAACGAUUUAAAUACGCAAAUGUGUAUAGCUUGCGUGGUCAAAAUGACGCCACUGGUGUAUUUUCUGGCAGGUCCGAUUAUUUAAUUAUUUAUUUAAAACCAACAAAGAAUAAACAUCAUUCAGCUUAAUUUAACGGGUCGACUUUAAUAAAAGCUAUAACAUAAAUUAACGAAAAACAAAAAUUAUGUAAAGAUACAAUAAAAUGUAUUCUGAAACCGAACAAAAAUGUUUAAUGAGAAACACAAUAAUAUGGCAUUAAUUCAAUUUAACGUUUAUUGAUAUCAAAUAGUAGACAAUUUUUUUUUACUCUAGGAAAAAAAAUAGUUUACUAUUGUUAUUAGAAUCUGCGAUAUUUGUUUUAAAAUCAAAUUGCUUCACGUGUUUCAUAAAUUCAAAUGCGAUGGACGGUACUUACCAUCAACGAUACUUACAUUACCUAUCUAUCUGUUUUAAAAACCCGAAAUAAUGAAUUGUGAUUUGAUUUUUUUUUUUUUUUUUGUCAACAAUUACUAUUAUAAAUGUUAUAAAAGUUUAUAAACUAUUAUAAAUUACUAUUAUGCAUGUAUGCGUAAAAUACGUAUAUUUGGUUGGGUUGCUCAGUUAUUUAAAUAAUUAGAUUCAUAUUUUGUGAUUGGUUCACUUAUAAUGUAUAUUUAUGGUUGGAUACACCAUCCAGGGUCAUUGAAAGGUUCAUUAAGCAAGGCUACAAAAUUAUUAUUUUAGUAUGAUUAUGGCUGUACCACUGCAAUCAAAACAAAAACAAAAACUGAUAGUAUUACUGAAGUGUGUAUACUUCAGUCCCUUAACAUUUAUAAUACAAUUACAACAAUGAUGUAACAAUUACGUUCAUGGGAAAACAAUGACGCUGAAAGAUAAGAGGUGACUUUAUUGUUUAUUUAAUAAUUUUUGACAGAUGUUAUUGUUUUUUGAAUUUUUUUUUUUUUGUGUUUUACACGAAAUAGCUAAUAAAAAACAAAAGCUAAAAGGACAAAAUGUAAUAUUAUAUUAUUUAUCGUUGCAUUUUAAAGUCACAAUCGCGCAGUUUAAAUAGUUUUGGUUUCAGUUUGAUGUACCUAUUAUUAUUGUUCAACAAAGGAAACUGCACAUUUUUAAUUGGUAUACGUUUGUAUUUUAUAUUAAUAAGUUUGCAUAAAGUUGAAAUUUUAAUUGUGUUUGUUUAGGAAUAAAGUAGGUAGACGAGACGUCUGAUUUAGAAAUGUGCAAGACCUAAAAUCCUUUCUUUUGGUUUAGGUAAUUGCAUAGGGAACGGUUAAAUAAAAUAUAUUUCUUUAAUUAUUUUUUUUGAAAUCGCAUUUAUCGUAAUAGUACUUUGUAUACAUAUAGUCUUAAAAAAAAAAAAAAAAAAAAAAUUAUAUAUUUUCUUUACAACGAAAAAUAAUUAUUGAAAUAUUGAAACCGAUAUGAUAAGCAAUUAUAUAUUAUAUCUUCAACAGUUUCUGGUUAACUGUAGCAGUUAUAAUAAUAUGGUCGUAUUACGUUUUAAUAAAGUCGUUAGCUUUUUUUAGUCGUUUUUCAACAUAAAACUACACGCAAUAACAUUUAAGGUUUCCACCAUGUCGCUAUGUCUUUUGACUAAAUUAAAAAAAAAAAAAACCGAAAUAAUGAAUAUUGGGGAUAGACUCUUGUUGUGUAGGCGGGAACUUAGUAGGUGUGGGAUAGGGGGUAUUAUAGUUUGUAUUCCAUAAAGCAUUGAUAAAUUAUUACAAUCAAGAAAUUAUUUUAUACAGAGCUCGGUAAACUAGUAAUUGGUAAGGUUAGUCGCGUGUUUAUGUGGCUUUGAAAUAAAACCGAUGUAUCAUCAUUAAUUGAUGUCGGUUUUGGCACGUUUUUAGGAAAAACCGUUAGAGAAUCUCUUUCUCAAAUAAAGUAGCCCAAUCGAAAAACCCGCAUCUUUUAUGGCACGAUGUAAAUAAAUUAUGGCAUUUUAAUACUAAUCGAAAUAUUAAAAAAGAAAAAUAAUAACAUCUUACAAAAGUAUAACUUCACUUAGUAUCAACAAUUUGUAUUUUAUUUCAUACGAUUUCAGGUUAAUCACAAUGUUUUCAAUAUUGUUUUGUAUUCAGGAUUUUGUAUUGGAGUAGGGGAAGGCUAAAUACGUUUUUGCAUGGAUCAUGAUAAACGUAAGUAAGAGAAGUUUGAGGGAUCGACCCCCAAAAAAUAAUUUAGAAAUAAGUUUUCAUUAAUAUGCAUUUUAAUGUACCUAAUACUUUAAACAAAAAUUGAUAAAAAUAAACUUAAUAAUGAAAUGAGAAUAUAAAAUAUUAUGUAUAUGUCUUGUAACUAGGUAUGUACCAGAGGUGGCUAACCUUUUUUGGGUCAAAGUCAAAAUUUAAUUUAAAAUUAUGUAUGUUAUUUUAUUAUAAUAUACGCGUUUGUUUUAUUUAAUAAAGUAUGUAUAACUAUUAUUAUAUAUUUUAAUUAAAUAUAAAAUAUUGAAUUAUAUAUAUUUAAAAAGGAAUUAUAUUUUAGUAUGAUUUAGUAUUGUUGGUUUUUAGCAAAACAAUAUUUAAUACCAAGAGUGUAAUAUAAAAGUUAUAGAAUACAAGAGGUGUAUUUUGGUUUCAUUGGCCAAAGCACCUCUUAGCUUCGAUUUGAUCAAAUUCAUUAUAAAGAAUAAACUUUCACAAGCGUAAGUUGACGAAAUUUUUUUUAAUAUAGAACAUGGUACUUUUUACAUAUAAAUAUGUCUGGACGCCAAUUUCAGACCUUCAAAAUUUAAUUUUCUACAUUUUUAGCGAUAAAAAUAAUCUUAUUGUCCAUAGGAAUUUUAUCAUUGUUAUGUAAAAAUUCAAUGUACUUAUUCAAUAUUUUCCUUAAUUUUUUCUUAAAUUCAUAAUUUUUACAUUGUUAUGAUAAAUAGGUUUUUUUCACGUGCCAUUGAAAUUUGACUACGCAUACUAUAUAGGUUGGGUGCCACCUCUGCUAUAAAUAUAUGUAAUAUACAAAAAUAUACACCCCUCUGACAGCUACCUCCUCUCAGGAGAAUUUUGAGCAAAGCAGAAAUUACAUCUACUUCGUUCAUGUUUUCUUUUUUAUUUACAUUAUAGUUAUGGCUAACCCAUUGGUCUAUUUUCUGACCUAAAGGGCUGUUUCUUAAAUCGUUUUUAUACGGUUCAGCGGAGAAAUAGUCGGAAACUUCUUUCGGAAGAAAUAAUCGGAAACGUAACAUAGUAUGCAUAUUGUAUAAUAUAUUAUAUAGCAUACAUAUUCUCGGCCUACGGAGGAGCCCCUCUUGUCUACACUUCUGCAUGUACCUAAAUUUAUCGAUAUAUAUUUUAUCUGUUAAAAAAUUAUUUAUUAUACCUAUUAUACGCCAUAAAAUAACUAAAUUACGAUCUGAUGUUAUUUGACCUUAUAUUAUUAAUUAUUAUCGAAUCAAUUGGGUAUUUUUUUUUUUUUUUUUAAGUGGCAACUAUAACCCACGGGGUAUUAAUUGAAAACUCGAUGAUACGACGGGCAAAAAUAAUAUUGCCAAAAAAAACCUCGUCUCGUACAUCUUGCGAUACGGUUUUUUUUUUUUUUAUGCAAUUGUGCGUAUAUACGAUGACGCCUUUGAACAAUGUGUAAUAUACUAACCAGGAGUGUGGAAAUAUCGAUAACAACAAUAGUAAUGAAACGUAUUAGAGCGAAUUUUUAUUUUCUAAACUUUCCUUUUUUAUACUGAUAAAAAUACUACACGAAUACACACAUGAUCUUGCAUAGACGCGUUGGGAUAAAAAAAACAAAACACAUCGCCAUCUCAUCAAUGUAAUUUAUUUUCUUCAAUAAAGUUUUAGCCGAUUACUAUAUAUUAUUAUUCUGUUUGUGACAUUACAAUCGGAGAUCGUAGAUUAAUGGUACUUCGAAGGUCACCGGUUUAAAAACACAAUUCGAUUUUUUAAUAUUAUAUUCGUACGUAGGUUAUGUUUAUAUAAUACAGGUAGGUAUUCGUUCGCAGGAGUGUUGUUUUUUCUUUUCCGUCCGCGCGCAUGCUAGCGGACAGGAAAUAGGAACGAUAGAUAACGAAUUCGACACGACCCUAUAUACCUUAUUAGUUAUUGUAAACGAAUAAUAAUUCGCGAAUUUAUUUUGUUUUAGAGUCGCAACACGUCGUAUAUAAUAUAUCAAUACGUAUAAAAUAUAAUAAUAAUUAUAAGUGUUUUAAUUUUGGCGUUGUCCGACCUCGCCAUUGAGUUUAUGAUAGGUAUUUAGUAUUUAUUUUGCAAAACGAUUUACGUUAGUUAUCAAUAAUGAUUUCUAAAAAAAAAAAAAAAUAAUAAUAAUAAUAAUAAUAAUAGAUAGCAUCAUUAAAAUAUAUUAUCUUUAAUUCGUAAUAAUACGAAAUAAUAAAUUUGCGUUAAAUCGAAUACAUCACGUUGCAUUCCAUUAAUUUUUUAAAAUACUAAGUGUGUACAUUGUUGUAAAUAAUUACAAUCAUUUUUUUUUUUAAUAUUUGUUGUAUCCAUCGUGAUAAUUCUAAUGAUUGUUUUAGAAUAAAUAAAUAUACUAUUAUGUGUUGUGUUAGUGUAUUAUAUAAUCGAUCAUUCAUAGAGUAGGUAUUUUAGUUAAUUUCUAUUGUACUAAAUACAUAAUUUAAGAAAAAUGCUAAUUAACCAUGGGUAAUAACGGCAAACCAGUUUCUUAUAAAAACUUGUAUAUUAGGUAUUUACUAUUUGAAUAAAAUAAAUCGUCACACUUAACCAGUGGCGUACCUAGAUGGAAAAUGGGCAGUUAAAAUACUAUACCAGCUUUAACUUAUAUAAUCUUUAUGAAAAUUCGAAAUAUACCCACACGUAACAUUUUUUUUCCAAGUGUGAAUACAUAUUAUGGAACUACAAAUGAAAAUAAUAAACGGAUCAUUUUAAAUAUGCAAAGUAAAAAGGAAAUCCAGUGUAUUACACUAUACAACUUAUAUUUAUCAGUAAUAUUACUGAUAACUGAUGUACUGAGACAAAAAUAUUUGUGUUUGAUAUUUGAUUUCACAAUAUAAUAAUACUGUCAAAAGACUAUUUCACAAUUUAUUAUUUAUGCGGUAAUAGUUAUUUCAGCCGUCUUUAAUCGCAGACCAUUGUCGUGGUCGUGAUACAACGGCAAACAAUGUUUAUUGCAUAUUAUUGUAUGUAUUAUUAUUCUAUUUCAAUCCCAUAAUUGUGACUGGAAUUACACGUACAAUUCGGAACAUUAAAUACAUCAAAAUUUUGCAAUUAUUUUUACGGAAUAAUUUCAGUAUUGUCCAAGGACACCGAGGCCCCCUGAGCUCUAGAGCCCUGGGGCACUGUCCCACUUUGCCCUAAGAUAACUAAGCCUCUGCAUAUUAUCUAUGUAUAAAUGCAAUGGCAUAGUGGCCAAUGAAGGACAUUUUUGUAAAUUGAAUCAAAAUUUGUUUCGAGGAAACAACACGAAAACACGAUUAAGGUAUCAUAAUAUGUACAUUGUUUUUUUUCUAAGGCAUAUAACAGCCUUUAAAAACCAGUUCUCCUUUAAUAUGUCACUAUCGUUUAUCACUAUGCUUUCUGUUGUUGCGUCUCUCCGUGUUGUAUCUCGGUUUCCACCAUUUCUUUAUAUUCCUUAAUACAUAAUCUUCCCAUUAUAGACGAAUUCGUUUUCCCGUACCGGACUCUCCUCGAUCACUGUUUCUAUUAAUGCACAUGCUCGGCCCAUUAUAUCCAUCUCAAUGAAAUCUCCCUAGUUUAUAGCACUAGUGAGUUGAAACAGAUUCACGAGAUGACAGUUUUAUUCAUUCAUGUUCCAAAAAUAUUUUCGAGGUUUUCUCUUUUAGACACUUCUAACAUUUUUCAAUUCCGCUUUCCUGUAUUCCCGAUCAGUAUUACAGGUACACCAUCAUUAACCAGUAUUAAGCAUGUCAAAAUUAUAUAAUUAUGUAAAAUAUUAAAAUAAAAUACUUAGAACGUAGAUGAGCCAUUGUUGUAGGUGAGAAAUUGAGAAAGUAGUAGAGGGGAAAUUUAACGUAUGUCUAUACGCAACGAUAAACCAUUGCUAACCAUUGACCACAAAUUACGACUUGUAACAAACCUCCUGUUAAAUGUUCAAGCAUUUCUAUUUAGUCAAACAAUUUUAUGCACAGAGUACCUAAUGAAUAUAAUUUACGUAAAAAUCUCACAAAAUAUAAAUGUCUAUAAAUAGCUCAAAAAAGGCUCAAAUGUUUAGAAAAUUUUACCACGUUUAAAAAAAGCAAAUAAAAAUUGUUCGUUAAAAUUUCAAGUCUGUACGAAUAUUUUUAACUAAAUUACAUUGAAAGAAACUUUAUUUAAAAUAAUAAAAGAAUAAUUUUCUUACAUGUUCACGUUGUUUCUACGUAUUUUUCGGUUUUGCUAAAUUUUUAAAUAAACUGCAAGGAAAACCAAAAUAUUAACUACUUAUUCACGAAUGAGAUUGAAAAUACAACAAAAAAAAGUUUCUUAUCAUUUUUCUAUUGGAGCAAUAUAUAUGGUAGAAAACAUAAGCCGUAACAAUUUUAAAUAAUGAAAUCGUUGCGCCGUAAUUUGCUGAUAAGUUUUUACCACAAAUAUUGCUUCAUAAAAAAAAUUAUAAGAAAUCGAUUGGAACAAUAUUUCUGGUAGAAAACAUAAUUUUCAAAAAUAAAAAACAAUGAAAACGGUAACGCCGCCGUAUGCCGUAAAUAUUUGCUAUUUUACCUAUAAUUUUAUUUCUGGUUUUUUCCAAUUAUUUUUAAACCCCAUAGAAAAUCAAAAAAUGACCACCCCAAUGAAAGAAAAUUACUCUUCAGAAAAGUUACUACGCUUGAUACUUUGGAACAAGAAUUUUGGUAGAAAAAUUAUUCAUGCAUUAGUAAAAUUUAUAUAAACGGUACUACCGGUUAUAAUUGAUAAUUGAAAUUAUUAUAAAAUAUAUUUCUUUACCUUAACCAAUUUAAAUGGGUAAAAUAGGGGUUUUUAGGUAUUUCUGAUACGAAUAUCUAAUUUUUUAUGUUGAUUUAUUUAUUAAUUUUGGUUAUUCAUGGAUUACCUUGAUGAUAAUUCGGUUGUUACAGACUAGAAAAUUAUUAUUAUUGUUAUUAUUAUUACUACUCGUAUUAUUUACACUAUAUUAUCUAGUAAUAACAAACCAUUGUCGGGUCAGUUAGUAUCAGUGUUUAUUUCAGACCUUCAUUCUUGGGGGGGGGGGGUAUCGUAAAUUUCCAAGGGGGUAUGCCAAAGGCAGAGUCAGAGUAGGAAUUUGUACACCAAUGAUUUUUUUUUUUUCGUAGCUCGUUAAAAUGCGGUUACCUACUUAUAUAACCCAAUAUUUUUUUUGAAUUUUACUGUCAACAAGAUGACUCAUAAUCGUUACUCAUUUCACAUAUUAUAUUAUUACACGUAGUUUACAUAAUAAUGCCGAACAUUUCAGGGGUGGUAUAUAUUUAUCUGCGGAGAGGGUAAUUCCUCACGUUUAUCCCCUUAAAUAAAUACUGGCUAAUGUUACAUAAAUAAAUACGAAGCAGUUUACAAAUAUUAUUUUGCCAUUAAUGUUAUUUAAUUUUUUAUGAUUAGAACUUGAAAUAAUAAACGAUACAAGUUUGCAGUGUUGCUAUAUAGAUGGUAAAGAUAAAUCAGAGUGUGCGGAAUAUUAAACGACGCUUUUUUUCAGAAGGUGUGUGGUUAUGAUAUCCGCCGUUUUUAACGGACGAUAAAAUUAUUCGCGACCCGAUCGAAUAUCUACUACAAUAAUAUAUCUAUUAUUUAUAUAAUAUGCAGAAAGUUUUCGUUUAGGCGCCAAAAAAAUAUCUUAAUUAUUAACGGGUUGUAAUACAAUAAAUUAUUUUUAUAUUAAAUGAUCGUGACAAAAUCUUAACGCCGUAAUAUAUAUUAUUUUUUUAAUAUUUAUUUUGUAUGCGCAAAGCAAAUAUCCACAGUCUCGUUAAUAUUGGCGAAGCGACGGCGACUCGGUCGACGGUAUAGUAAUGAUGCGUCGCACAAUAUACAUUUUAUUGUCAACGACAAUAUACACACGUGUACCAUACCUAACCGGAGAUAUAAAUUUGAAUAAGUAAUUUUUUCCAAUCCAAAGAAAAAUACACGUAUGGUCUUAAUAUAAUGUUCAAAUUCACAAUAUCGAUAUAGCGCUCGGUAAGUAGGUAUAAUAUAGAGUUCGCAAAACCUGGAGGAUCAGUCAUCACCCCGCGGUGGGCCACGAUUAGGCAAAUAACUAUGCAAUCGAUAGUUUUUCGUUAAAAUGGCGUAUACCACUAAAAAUACUUUUUGGUAUCAAAAAAAAAAAUCAGAAAAAUUUGGAGCACAAACUGGUCAAAGGACGUAUUUAAAUACAGGUAAUUAAGUUAAUAGUAUCGUCUACAAGAUAUCCAGGCGUCUUUUUAAAAUAUAAUUAAAUCAACACUGAUUUGUUAAAAAGGCGUAUACUACAUUCAACGCAUGUAUACUUUGUGUACAAGGUUAUAAUAAAGGUAUAAUGUGUAGGAGCAAUUGUAUUGUUUUUCAUGAUAAACAUUAUUAAAAACUGUUUUGUUGUUAUUUUUGCUUCCUGAAAAAAAGUGAAAUUUGUUAGACGCCAUUUUAACAAAACACCGUCGCAGUGAUCAGCUUAUCUGCACGAUUUAGGAAUGAAUGACCGUCGCGCGUCUUAUUGUUCUAUACGCUAACGAAUAACAUACUAAUAAAUUAUUGUACAAUGUAUAUAUCUUUUUAUUUUUAUUUAGACUCAAACGUUUUGAGCACAAAUGAGUUAGAAUUGUUUUAUAGGUGGAUUGAAGUUUUAAAAGGUUGAACUUCAAUAUGGAUUUCUCCAUGUUAUUGCUGCGAGAGGAGAGUGGUUUUAGCUUUGGACACUCUUAAAAAUCCUUCAAAUAAAGCCAGAAGAAUGACAUUUUGUCCAUGCAUCGUAACGUUAGUACCGAGGAUAUGCUUAUUGGAGGUUUUAAAUUUUAGCUCUCAUUUCUGUACCAUCUUUAUGCUCAAGUUUCACCAUAUUUUUGAUAGUAAUAUAAUAUCGUACAAUAUAAUUAUACAGAUAGUAUAGAAUUGUAUUAUUAUAAUAUUCGGUUAUUUAACCUACAAAAUCGGUUACAAAAUAGGUUUAGGAAAAUUCAAGUGUAAAAACGGAGCUCUUCUGCUCACGUGUUUUUUUUUUUUCUAAAUUUUCUUCUAAUGUCGUCUGUAAACCAAUAGGAUGUACAGUAAAGAAAAUUCGAUUUUGCGUUCUAAUAUAAUGCGGGCAUGCAGUGCCGCCCGGAAAUCAUAUUUCUUUGAAAAAUUAUCUCAAUUUCCUAAACACGCUACUGCGGCGUCUAAUAAUAGUCACGGUUGGAUUUAUUUUAGAUGGUUUUUAUUAUUAUUAUCAACGUACUAUUGAACUACGAGACGGAAAUAUGACUUUGAAUAUAGUCGAAUCUGCAGCAGUGACUGAGCUACAGUUUAUUAUUUGUGUACGCAUAUUAUAGUAUUAUAGUAAAAUUAUAUAAUAUUAUUUUUAAACUUGCGUGGUGUCGAUCACGUCGAUCGCGGGCGUCCUUCGUGCGAUUUAUUAUUAUUAUAACGAGACGCUAUAAAAGCUGUUGCAUACUACUAACAUAAUUUGAUUAUCGGAUCGGGUCGACGACGGCGGCGGAGAGUUCGACACUCGAGAGGUCUCGGGAGAUAAAGUAUUGGUUUGGGGUCGCCAAAAAACGUGUUAGACAUAUUUUUAUACAUACGUUUCGCCUUUACUAGACGCGCUAUUGCCAAACGCAAUAUUAUUUUGUUACCGAAAUGUAGAUAAUAGUCGAUGGUAUUAAUCUCGUGUUUAUAAUUUUUUAAUUUUUUUUUUUUUAUUAUUUUAAUGGUAUAUACAGACUGUCCCACGAAUAUAUAUACCUUGAAUAUCUCCGGAGAUAAUAAAGAUAAUCAAAUUCUGUUUUUUGUUAAACUCACAGGGAAGAUGUCUACGGAUAGUUGAAUUAAUUUUUUUUAAUUCAAAAAAAUAACUUUAUUUUAUUAUUUUCGGAAAAUUUUAAGACAGCCAUUCUGUAAAGAUUAUUUUUCUGAAAAUUGUAAUGUAUCACACAUUUAUAUCCUAUAAAUAGUUUCUAAGUAACAGCCGUUUUAAAUUCUACUAAUCCGUAGUGUGAAAACCGAUGUUAUAUAGGGAACAACUUAACCAUGUUACGCGAUGUAUAUUAUUAUUAUAUACUAUCAUAAUAGAUGUCUACUAGGUACUCGAAAACCGAUCACGUCUAUCAAUCGUUACAAUAUUAUAAAUACCAGUGCACCAUCAGUUUAAUAAUUAAUAUUUUUAAACUCGUGUUAAUUGAGUAUUAUAGGAUCAGAAUUAUUACAAUUUAAACAAAAUUAUUUAACAGAUGCGACGUCGUACAAAUUGCUGCACAACAUAUUCAUGUUGUCUACAUAUUGUUCACGGAAACAAUAAGAAACAUUUUGUACGGAAUUUGUUCCGUUGGAAUAAGAAUAAACAUGUUUAGUGGAAAACGUUUUUUUAUUUUUUUUUUUCUCGGAAUACAUACGUUUCUGUCGUGCAUAUACGUAUUUCCUGAAGAAUUACCUAUAAUCCUGUCUGAAAAAUAUUACGAUAAAAAGUAGCGAUAGUAACAUUCAUAAUACAUGAGCAUAUAUCGUCAAAAACGACGUUCUAAUUUAGAUCCGUAUGUUAUUGUUUGAUUAAAUUUCGACGACCUGCCGCCGGGCUGAUAACAAUUUAACUCGAGGUGGAUAUAUUUUCAAGAGUAAGUAUACACCUUGAACGUAUUAUGCUAUUAUAUACUAUAAGUAUAUCAUCUAUAAUAAUGUGUACGCACAUUAGCCGUGUCAGCGAAACGUUUUCGUUACCUAUAAUUUCUACACACCUGAUAAAAACGCAUUCGUUAUUCUAUAACAGGACUACAGGAGAGCACGUGUGACGUCAUCUGAUGCAGCUACAUAUAUUGAUACACCGACGCCACUGCCGAGCAUUUUUUAUUCUGAGCAUAGCGAGGAAUAUAUUGAUUUUACUACGCUCUUUUUUCUGAAAAAAAAAAACCGGAAAAACGGAAAUAUUUACACAAUAACGGUUUCUGUUAUUUUCGAUUUGGUUUUUUUAUUGCGAUUCAGUAAAAAUAAUCGUAAUAAUCUGAAAAUUUUACUGAAUACUAUUAUUAUAAUAGUAAUUAUUUUUAAACGUAGCAUAAAUAAUUUUCAAUAUAAUCUGAUGUAUUUCGAGUUGUUUAUAGCCGUUUGAAAAUUGCUUUACAAAAAAAAAGGUUUUAAAUUUCGCGAAAGAGUCAAUGUAUUGUUAAAAUUGAAAACCUGGUGAGUGAUGGUGACAAACGGGGCUAUUCAGGUGUACGCGAUACAGCUGACCUAUAUAAUAAAUUUGUUUGCACGGGCUCGCCCGGAAACACAUUUACUGGCAUGCUUCAGUAAUAAUUUGUUAUCGAACUCGACUCGCACCGGAUGGGAUGAUGUUAUAUACACCUAAAGGACUUUUGAUUUCCAUGGGGGAGAGGGGGGGGGGGGUUGAGGCGAGGUUUACAAGGCAUUUUAUAAAAAUGUUUGUAUUGCUCGAAUAAUUACUGUUUGACUUGUUGCGGCCGCAAGACAAUUUCACCGGGGCCGGUGACUUUUUAUGCGUUGUGUACUCGUAUGAAAUUCGUAUAUUAUGUCUUAUACACCUUAACCUAACCUAUAUAAUACAGUAACGGUUUCCCAAAUGCGUAUAGAGGUUAGAGUUGUCGCGAUUAUUUAAACGUAAAAUGUAAGACAAAUCACAAAAAAGUAAAUUUUUUAUAUAAGAGCAGUACAUUAUGACCAUGUUUAUUCUCGAAGAAUAAUAACGGUAUAAAGCAAUAUGCGAAAAUCGUCGCGUGAGAAAAUACACGACAUUACCUGAAUAAGUACGAUCACAAUAUAAAGGUAGAUUUCGGAGUGCACAAAGACGGUCAUAAAUUAUUUGGGAGGUAUUCCAGUGAACCGAAAUUUAAUUAAACACUGCAAAUACUUGAUCAGGGGCUACGAAUUACCUCUAAUUUGUCAUUUCGCCUGUGCACUUAUAAGUCACAUACCGGGUUAAAAAAGCCAAGUUAAUUAACAAAUAUAGUUAUUAAUAAUAUACAAGAUGAUUCACUAAGCGUACGACUCACCCCAUUUUUUGGGUAUAUUUUGCAUAUUACAUUUAAAUUCUGGUUUUAGGAAUUUUUAAGUGUAAUUAAAACCGAUAUUUUCAAAUAAUAAACAUUUAAGAAGUUUCCUAACUGUAGUGAUAUCAACUUUGGUUUUUCAAAUGAAAACAGUCGAAAGGGCAGUCUUGAAUAAAUUUCAAGUGAGAACCUAUACUGAAAAAUCUAUAAAUAGGUGCAGUAUUAGUUCAAAUAAAAAUUCUUCAAAAAAUGUUUGAUUUCCAUCAGUCCGUUGACGAGAUAUUUUUUUUGAGUUUAGGUAGGGGAAGAGUAAUGGCAGUACUAAUAAAACGCUGCGCUCCGUAUCACCACACAAAUGACACUCUCCUAAUUCUCCUUACCUAAACUUAAAAACAGAAAUAUCUCGUUAAUAAGUUCACAGAAAUCAAAAGUGUUAAUUCCAAAAUUUAUUUAAACUAAUGUUUAUGUAUUUUAGAUUCUGAGCGAAGCGAUGAAUCUUUAGUUUUUACAAUGACGUUUAUUUUUUUUCCGUGAACAACAUUUUACCUGAAAUUUUGCUCCGAUUUUUAAGUUUUCAAGAAAAUCACUCUGUAUACUUAUACUUGUUAUGUGAUAUAUUUUUUUACAAAUUGUCAGUCUCGGUUUUUUUUUAUAUAUAUUUAUUAAUAUUCACAGCAUCUUGCAGUAUUGUGCCUAUAUAAUGUAUUGUCUAGAGAUAUACUCGUAUUAUAUAUUGGUAAUAAUAGAGACAAAAUUAGUUUUAAUAAACCAUCCUGUAGUUGAGCGAUUAUGCGAGUAAUAAUGGGCGAUAUACUCUCGUUAAUCUAAAAUUAAUUAAUGCUGUUGUCUCGGUUUUUGAAACUCUGGAAAAAAAAUGGUAGGCUUUUUUUGUUUGUAUACGGGAGGCCUGUACUAGCCGUUUUAAUUUUUACUGUAUAUAAUUGAUUUUAAUUGUUAGCUAGUAUAAUAUUUGUUUAAUACCUACAACGGUGUAAAAUGGCUUCAACAUAAUAUACCAUCAAGUUGUACGCUACAUAUAUACCUAGUUAUAAUAAUACGCUAUUCGAUUUUUAUCAGUGCUGAGAUAAUGUAAUAGUUGAAUAAUGUCGCGGUCCCUUUUUUUUUCUCUGCAUCAGUCAACACUUUUCAUACCAUGUAUUAUUAUGGUCGUACAAGCGUUAUCUAAUUUGAUUGAAACUUUGUCAUACUGCUGUUGAUAUAAUUUUUUAUUUGAUUGUAAAACAAAUAAUUACCAUUUUAAUGAAACUGUAUAGGUAGGUAUAUACAUUAUGUAAGUAAAAGAAAAUGUAUUAUUAUUUUUCGAGUACACGUAGUGUUCCAUAAAUUAUAAAACAAUAUUUUCAUAUUUUACGAUUUUAAAUUUAAAUCAUUAGCUAUAUUUCUAAAAUAAUAUUGUACAAUGUUUCUAAGAAUUUGUUAAACGAUUUCUUCAAACUGUGUUGUUUUAACUCAAUAGUCAAUAACUCAUUGUAUUAGUGUAAUUGAUCUAGUUAUAUCAGCUUAACUUUUAAUAAGCUCAUUUAAUAAUAUAGUUAAAUAAUAUGCUAAUGUGGAACAUCUGAAAUUAUUGAACUUAUUAAAAUUAAAUAUCCAUAAAUAAGUUCAUGUGUUUAUUUGUAAUGUACUUUGUAUACUUUUAAAAAGUAUUUGCAUUUAUAUUCAAAUACUUUUAAAAGAAAGUAUGUUUAAUACAACUGAAUAUAAGGAAGUCAUUUUGAAACGGGAAAUAAUAUCGGCGUGGAUUUUUGUUCUUUUAUGUGUGUUAAGUAAUUUAAUUUAAGUAGUUAUAAAAUUGAUUUUUUUUUCUCCCAAUAAUAGGUUAUUCGCACCUAAUUAUACGAUUUUAGAUUCUUAUCCUACAAAAUGAGAAUGUAGGUAUUAAUAAUGGUUUUAUAAUGUCGCCUUGUUUGUUUUUUUUUUAGUCUGUAAACAACGCGAUAAUACGUUCGUGUCCAAAACACGUGUGACUUGUUGUCGUAAUAUUUUUGCAUAUUUUAGUAGAAAUGCAUACAUUAAUAAUUGCACAUAAAACAUUGUAUAACAAUAUGAAUAUUCUACAAAAAUAUUUGUAUACUAAAAAAAUUGUCCAAAAAGUCAAAUUACAUAUUAUCGAUACCUCUAUUUUUACUAGAUAUUUUUUGACGCGUGUAUUUUUUUUUUUUUUGUACUUAAAUCCUGGUACUAAUAAAUAUAGCUAUUACAUAAUAUUAUAAUUAAAGAUAGUUCACUGUAUAAGUGAAUAAUGGAGAAUACCGAGUAUUUAUAUUGAAAAUGUUUUUUUUUAAUUUCAGCACAUUAGCCUUCGAUUGCUGAAGCGAAUUAUGAUCAUGCUUUGGUUAGGAGUAUUGUGUUUGGUGUGUGCCCCGUUUUUCGGCUUCGGUCUUUAUUGGGACUCGGACAAAUCGCAGUGCAUCCGUUAUCGAAACGCCAAAAAACCAUUGGACGUGCUGUACGCUUAUUUAUACUUCAGUUACGGUAAGUUAUACGCCCACGGCGACUGUCUAUAUUACAUAUAUAACAAUAUUUAAAAAUAUAUACCUACGACACAUAAUAACAUUAUUAUAUAGUUAUACAAACAUUGAAACAUUAUGAUACGUUUAAAAAUUAAAACUUUUUUUUAUUUUAUCAAGAACCAGUUAUUUUCUCAAUAUCACAAUCAUAAAACAAUAACUUAAGUACAUAGACUUUUUAUGCCAAUUCAAGUGUAUACCUAUCCUGUAGCAAUAUGAACUUUUGUUUUUUUCAAAUUUACUUACAAUAUGUUCAGCAUUUUCCGAAAAACCGAAUUUGCUCAAAUCUGCAUUAUUUAAGUACAAAAAUGCUGGAGUGAGCGUACUUAAACGAAUCACCCUGCAUACAGUACCUAAUCGCAAUCACAGUCAGUCGCCCCGAACAUGGGGGUCUUCUUAGGGCAAAUCCUACAGCACUUUUUGAUAGUGGCAGGAUGGAUUAAGAUAAAGGAUUGAUAAUUUUAACACUUUAACAUAUUAUAAUAUUAAAAGUAGGUAAUUGUUUGUUUUUGUGGUGGUGGUUGGAUAUGUGUAAAAUAAUUUUGACACUGGGAGUUUGAAUAAAGACGGAUGCCGCUGAUUAUAGUGCGUAUAAUAUUAUUAGUGUUAUUUUUUUUUACGGACCCACAGGUGUUUUUCUGUGUAUCGCAAUAGUCUACACCAAUACGGCAGUUAUGAAAGCUCUGUGUAUGAAGGAUAACCCUCAUAGUGUUUUGAUGAGACGCGCGAGUCGAGGAAACUUGACCAAUGCAGCCACACGGGAAGAAAGGGCAUUCGGAUGGCUUAUGUUUUUGCUGUGCGUCGCCUUCCUCAUAUGUUGGGUUCCACAAAUGGUAAUAUUAGACGUCGUUCAUAAUAUUAUUAUAUUGUAUUGGUGUAUUAUAAGUAUAUGUACCACAACGACAUUUCGCCUCUCGCAAAUAAUCUCUCCCCCAUUGAAAAUCUGUAGAGUGGACAUUUCUCACUAUUCCAAGAAAACUAAGAAUAGGUAUUUGGACCUGGAGUUAAGAAGAGCUGAAUUAAUUUGUUGCGUAAUUUUGAAAUAGGAAUUAAUAUAUAAAAUUUGAUAUUUUUUUUUGUUCUAAAGAGGUAGUAUCUUGAUCAUUAAAAUUACAAAAAUUAGAUGGAUCAAUGUCGAAAACAAAAAUAUUUAUGUCAUUUCAAAAGUGGCCAUUUUGACUUAAACCUAUAAGUUAAUUCAAGAAAUUUAGUUUGGGUCUUCUUAACCCAAAGGCCCAGAUAUAUACGUCAAAUAUACAUCAUUAUGAUUGUAGUUUGGAAUUUUGAAAGGUACAAGAAAUAUACAAUGUAGGGUAAUUGAGCCUGUAUACGGAAGAAAUGAUAAAUGAUUACAAAAAAAAAAUUGAUUUUGAACGGUGCUUAGUAAACUGUUAAGGUUAUAUUGUGUUGUAUUAAUAUCGUUUACAAGUCAUUUUUUGCAGUUAAGAACCCAAUGUAUACAGUCUAACUUUUAGCAUUGUUUUUAGUCAGUAAUUUGAUUGGUCUCUGAAUUUUUGGCCAGGGAAAUACAUUUUGAAAUAUCAAAUAAUUUUUCAUAUUAUAUAAGUAGAUAAUAUGGUUAAAGGUUACUUAAUGUACGUUAUAUUUGUUCAUCGUCCCGAGUAAUUCGUCACAUUUUUAAGAAUUAUUUUUAUUUAUCUCGUAUUCGAGAUUUGUCUAAAAGAAAAAAAUAUUUAAUUCUGACAAUAAUAUUAUAAUAAUUAUACGCAUAUUUGAGUUACGCAACCAUUUUGUUUUUGGUUUUAUUAAUCCAUUUUUUACGAUAGUAAUACAAAUUUGAGAACGAUGUUUAUACUGCAGUUUUGUAUUGCAUUAAGUGGCAUGCAAUAAAAUUACAUAUUAUUGUCGAUAUUUAAUCCUUGAAUACUAUACUCGGUUAGUUUAACAAUUUAAAAAAAAAAAAUCGAACAAUGGGUUACACGAUAACAUUUUUUUUAUCCACGUUUUAAAAACUUUAAGGUAUACGACGAUUACAUAAUUGAUCAUGCAUUCCUGAUAGCGCAGUGCAAUGGUUAUAAGUUGUCGCAUAAAAUAAAUAGGUAUUAUAGAUAUAUAUAUAUACCCACCACCUAACUAUUUCCUAUCACUAUUUAUAAUAAUCUAUAUAUGGACAGUCGUAAUCCAACAUCAAAAUAAAAAACCAGUUUAUAAAACUUGGGAAUCGAUGUUAGAAUAAAAAAAGAGCUGGUACUGCCACCUAUGGGUGUCACUGCUGAAGGGGGCAAAUUGGAAAACUAGGAAACAUAAAGUUAUUAUUAAUUUAUAUCUCUAUAUGAACAAUAUACCAUUGUUAAUAUAAAACAAUACUGAGCUAGUUAUUAGUCGGAUUUUUCCGCUUUCCAGUGAUCCAGAAAUUAACGAAAAUUGUACAAAAAAAUUUCAGUUUUUCCUAUUUGUUAAGAAAACUGAUAGAAAACCAAAAACGUAUGUCCCCACUGCACCAACUAGAUCAAAAACACUACAAGAGUUUUUCUAGAAACUUUUUGAUUGAAGCAAAAUUUCUAGUAAAAAGUUGUUUAUUUACAUAAACGUAUCAUAUUUAAACUAAUACAAUCCUCGCUUCUCGCAAAAUUUAAAAACUGAGAGCUAUAUCUUUCAUAAAUAGGUAUUAUAAAUUUCACAAUCAGUUUGAACACGUGACCGUGGAAAAUUCUAUGAUUUAUUGUAUUGUAUAAUUAUUAUAAAAACCAACUAUAUACCUAUUCAUGUCUCCCUAACCUAGUCUAACCUACGGGAACACAUUCAGUUUAGAGUCCACGAAUUCAAAAUAUUAUCGAGAAAAAUUAUUCGAUAAUCAAUCUCUUGCACGUAUGAUGAUGUGAUAAACGUAGCUAACCCCAGAAACAAUAUCCUGGUUGAAUUCAGGGACGGAUCUAGGGAAGGAUCCUAGGGGCCAAGGCCCCCCAGACAUAUUAUUUCUUCAAUUUUUUUUAUGAUUCUAUGGAUCCUGAAAUAACUAUAUUUCAAUCACUGAUAUGCAUAAUAAAAUAAUAUAUUAUAUUUUAAUUGUAUUUGUGUUGUAAAAAAAUUUUUGCCUCCCCCCCAGAUCUUUGCUCUGGAUCCGUGCCUACUUCGAUUUUUUAGUUUUUGAUUUUUAAUAUGGUAAUAAUAUUUUGUUUAAAUCUGACUUAUUUAUUUAUAAUGUAUCUUUAUUCAAUCUGUAUGCAAACAUCCGUUCCUUAAAUAUUGAUGAAUUUUAGUCGGGCCCAUAUCGUAAUAAUCGGAAAAACGCACAGUUUAGCGCCGCGACAAAAAAACGUAAACUCAAAAUAUUCUGCUCGAAGUUCAAACGAAGCAUUAUCGUGUAAAAAAUAAAUAAAUAAAAUUAAAAUUAUGUAUAGAUAUUUUUAUUAUAAUAUUGUUUAUUUUCUCCGCUGUAGUUUGUUCCGAACCGAACAUGAUGAGAAUUAAAGAAUAUCUAAUUCCAAAUCGAAAAUAUUUAUAUAUUCUCAAAGAGGCCAUAUUUGAAGAAAAAAAAAACCGUUCCCAGAACGAAUUUAUAAACAUAUAAUAAUAUUAUCUUAUAAGUUAUAGUAUAAUACGCAACUAAAAAACCGGCUAAAACUCGGUUUCUACUUUUCUAAGAGAGUGGACACGGACGGGUGGAAGGUUGCCCACGCCAAUAUAUAUAAGUCCGUUACAAGAUAAUAUUAUAGGUAUGGCUACAACGUUAUAACAACAUUUCAUUUGUAUUUUAUUAAUUUUGUCGGUUAAACAUAGGUAUACGGAUAGACAGCUCCAGUCGCAGAUAUACAUGUAUUAUAAAUCCUCGACUAGUUUUUACCGUGAUAAAUGCACAUAUAAAUAAUUUAUGAUCACUCGCAAGGUGCUGCGGGAAUUGGUAUAGGCAUACCUACUCACAGGGGGCCAAUAGUUGGGAAGUUUGAAUUUAUAAAUUAGGAAAAGUUGAAAUUUUAAUAGACCUGUGUGUUUGGAAUAAACUCGUUCGAUAUAUUGAUUCUAAUCCACACAAUUAUUAUUAUUUUUAUCGAGCACAUUUUUUAUGACCAUCAUUUCGUUGGCUUUCACUGAAAUCAAAUCUAUAACCUUCAAUAAAUCCUCCUCAAAACAAUUGCAACUUAAAAUAUUAUUCACACCAAACAAAAAUAAUUGCUUAGAAAACCGUGAUAAUAAAAUUAGUAUAGUUAAACAUAGAAUAAUUACCCUUUCUAUAAUAGUAUUUUUAAAAUUGAGAUUUACGAUGGCCUAACAUUUUUCGGAGUUAAUCACACCUCCCUAGUCCCUGACUAUAAAGAAAUUUAAAAAAUCCUGAUUUUCGGAAAAUCCACGGUAUAAUUACGCGAGUAACAUCUAAUAAAUUAUUCGGGGAAGUAUCAUUUACAUCGGCGAUUCAUAUCCACAUUUUGAAAUCGUUCACGUACCUACCACUUGACACGGUUAUUAAGCUUUUUUUUUCACUUAUCAAAAAAUUUCUUUGCGUAUCACCUAUAUGAGCUUUCAGCGUACCACAGGUCGAGAAUAGCCAAAACAAAAUUGGUUUGUUUACACUGUAUAAUAGUUGACACAGAGGUCAAAGUCGUCUAGACUUUGACAAUUAAUUUUAUAAUCAUAAUAGCAAUAGCAAUCAUAUUAAUAAUAAUUAAGUACUACAGAGAUAAUAAUAUAAUAUUGUAAUGAAUAAUUGUUCGUAAUUUAAUCAAUUAAAUAAUUAAUUAAAGAAUGAUUUUAGUAUCACAUACCUACUCAGUAUUUCAUAAGUACCUAUAUAAUUUAUUAUUACCUAAUACGAUUAUUUUCGAUAUGGGACGUACUAUGGAAAAUAAAUAAUAAUGUUUUAAAUACCUACCUAUUGUACAUCUGUUUUAAUCCGGCAUACUUGAUUUACCUAUGCACAACUUUCGGGAAUGAUAUAUAAUUGGUUCAAUUAUAGAUUAUAAGUGUAGCAAAGAAGCUAUUAAAGUUUUUCUAAAAUGUAUUUUUUCUUUCACUUUUUAGGUUAAUAAAAAGUGCAACGAUAUUUUCGCGCGUUAGCUUAGAGAUACGGAAUUUUCUCCUUUAAAAAUAGUAAAAGGUUACCCUUAGAUCUUUUAAUUUUUAAUUUUUUUUUUUUUGUGAAAUAAUUUUUUAGUUCGUAAAACGUGUCAAAUUGCUUGAGCCGAACAUUUCAAUUCACCAUAAGUGCUCUAAUAACUAUAGCGUUUAGACAUACAAUUGCCAUUUUAUAUUAUAUACAAUAUGUAAAUUAAUUGUAAAGUGAGAAGGUCUAAUUCGAAAUAUAAUGUAGAUAUUGUAGUGUAGUUUUUUUAAAUGUAAUUUAGGACUAGUAGUCUCCCUUUUUAAUGGUCUAAAAUUUAAAAAAAGUCAAGAACCACUAAAAUUGUUUUUUGAUUUAAAAAAAAACUGUUUAAAAAUUCGAGAAUAGUUGUUAGAGAAUGUUUGUAGAGUUACUUAUUUAAAAUAACGCAAAAAAAAAAAUAAUUUUAAAAUCAGUUGAAUUUUGAAUGAAUGAAAGAAACUCCUAUUUCCAAAAAUACAGCAUUUAGCAAUGUAGGUAUAUAUAUAUAUACCUACAAUAAAUAAAUAUUAUUACUCUCUUAUUACACUCUUUAUUACUUUUAGAUUAGCGUUUUAUAAUUUUACAAUAUUAUGCUGUAUUUUUGGAAAUAGAAGUUUCUUUCAUUUAUUCAAAAUUCAACCGAUUUAAAAAUUGUUUUUUUUCCAUGCUUUAAAUAAAUAACUCUACAAAAUAGCUAUUUUCGAAUUUUUAAAAAUCAAAAAAAAAAUUGUAGUGGUUCUUGUAGUUUUUUUAUUUUUAACCAUUAUAAAAGGGAGGCUAUUAAUCAAAUAUUACAUUGAAAAAACUGCACAACAAUAUCUGCAUUAUAUUUCGAAUUACAGUUCUUGACUUUUCAAUUAAUUUACGUACUGUAUACCUAUACAGUACCAAAUACCUAUAUACUUAACAUCAAUAAAGUAAACUCAUUAAAUUUCCUAAGUAAAAUAAAUGAGAUUCGUUUCUUUGUUUGACGUAAUUAAGACUUAUGAGGGUUUUCGAUGGAUAUACAAGAGACAAGACUUGUCUGCCUAUCUAAGAUACUACGCUCAUUUCUGCAGUGGCGUAAUCACGGGGAGUCUGGAUGUCCAUUCCCUCCUUUGGGCUUUUUUUUUUGUGUUAACUACGUCUAUAAUUCUAAAAUAAAAAGUAAUUAUCUUGACGAGGAUUAAACGAUUACUUUCUGCUAUCUUAUUUACAAUAACUUUUAUAUCAUAAUAUAGUACAUGGGCAAAGACAACAACACUGCCAAGACUAGAUAGGUAGGUUAUAAAAUCCGAAUAUUUGGGAAUUUUCUUCAUAGAACCAUGUCUAUAAUAAUACAUUAUUAUCAUAGAUAAUUUAUUUAAAGUGUGUUUGAUAGAUCCAGUGGUUGUACUAAUAUAUACAUGAAUUAGCUGUGUGUAAAACCAAGAAAAUUACCUAUAUAUGUAUUAAUGUAUUACUAUAUUAGUUAUAUAUUUAUAUAUUAUAUUUGCUCAAAAUAAUGUACCUAUAUAUAGGUACUCGUAUGCUGUAUAGUACCUACAUAAUAGUAAUAAAACUGUACAAUUACUUAAAAAAAAUAAUAGGUUUUUUAAAUGUAUACUUGAGACAAAAUAUUGAUUCCUCCCACUGUAACCUAGCCCAAUAAUUAUUACGCUACUGUAUCUCAGAGUAAUACCUAUAGGUGAAUGGAACACCGAGGGGAGCGAAUACAGAGCUCAAUUUGGAGUAGGCAGCAGAGGUGCAAAUAUAGUGCUGAAAAAAAUAAAUUAAAAGACCUUGUGAACCAAAACAUACUACUUCAUUCGGGUGUUGGAGGGGGGAGGAAAUGACCACGUUGCCUCCUCUGGAUCCAUCACUAAACACCGACCGAUAGGACAAGGCGUGCUGAUAGGUAAAUUUAAUAUUGGCGAUAUUCCAGCGACGUAGCGUUUAAGUAACAUAAACUAGAGAAAAGAUGGAUUUAUUCCAACUUUGGACAUUUUUAUAGGUAGGUCUUGCAGAUUAGGGUUAGAUACUCUGAAUGGGGACCGAGAUCACAACGGCCAAUCAGAAUUCUAUAUUAGCGACAUCACGGCACGCCACGUCGCUGGGUAAACGCGAACAUUAUUCGGAUAUUAGUGUGACUUGUACGUCUUAUACGACCUAGGUACUUUUAGUGUAACAAACGGAAAACGAAAAAAAAAACCAUCGUUCGUGUCGAUUAUUGUUCGCAGAUAUGCAUACCGUUGGCCAGGUUCGUGGACGAGAGCAAGAUCAAACCGGUGUCGAUCGCAGCCGACCUGUUAAUAGCCAUGCACUUCGCGCUCGAUCCCUACCUGUACGUGCUGCAGCACUGGACGCUGGUCAAGUCAAUUUGCCUAGGGCCGGAGACCAGGAAGACCGCGAACGGUGGCAGCACGAGCGUGAGUCGCAGCAGUUCGAUGAGAACAACGUGCGAAGUAUUAUUGGAGCAGCCGCUUUGA